AUGUCCUCCGGAAGCAGUCGCGACAAGCGCCACCAUCACCCCGUCGACAGCCUUUGCCGGAAGCUCCAGAACAUCAACAUGAAGGACCAGGCCUCCAAUCCUGCCCUGCAGAUCCCAAAAUUCCAGUCCAAGAACUUUGACAGCCCACAGGGCAAUGUGAAGAAGAACUUGGAGGAGAUCUUGAAGAAAAGGACCCUGAAAGCGAGUGACAGCAAUGCACAAGGCUACGACAACCUGCUGAGUCCCUUCAGCGAUAAUGUCUUCUCCCCGAGUCGGCAAGCGGCAUCACCGAGUCACCGGCGCCUCUCGGACAUCCGCUCAGAGUCUGUUUCAGGUAGUAGAAACAGAGAGAGAGCCAACAAGUCAUGGCUCUUUCUAAGCCAAGGAGGAGGUUCUCCAUGCUUUUCCAAACACAGGGAAUCUUCCGCCAGUCAGCUGCCUGGUUCCCCCAGUGCAGAGCAGAAGGCUGCACCUUCUCAGGAAUGUGGCUACAUCACCUCAAGCCCGAAUUUGUCUAACCGGGAAUUUAACUCUCCUGUCAGCAAGAGACUCUCUUUGGGUAAGGAAAGGGCAAAAGGCCUGGUUCUUUCUAAAUACCGUAUUUUUCGCCCCAUAGGACACACCGGCCCAUAGGACGCACCUAGUUUUUUUGGGGGGGGAAUAAAGAAAAAAAAAUUAUUUCUUCCCCCCAGGUGCAGGGCUGGGGCGGGGGAAGCCUGAGCUUCCCCCGACCCCAGCCCCCAGAACAGGCUGCUAUCCGCAAGCCGUGGGAGAGCUGCGCGAAGUCGCGCAGCUGUCCCACGGCUAGUGGAGGACUGCGCGAAACCCGAAGCUUGGGGCAUGCUGAGCUCAGCGCGCCCCAAGCUUCUGGGUGUCGGCAAGCUCUCCGCUAGCCGUGGGAGAGCUGCGUCUCCCACGGCUAGCGGAUAGCUUCCUGAAGCCUGGAGAGCGAGAGGGGUCGGUGCGCACAGACCCCCCUCGCUUUCCAGGCUUCAGCGAAAGCCUGUAUUCGCCCCAUAGGACGCACACACAUUUCCCCUUCAUUUUUGGAGGGGGAAAAGUGCGUCCUAUAGGGCGAAAAAUACGGUAAAUUGGGGGAUGCUUGCUCCUGUCAAAGACUUUGGCACAAAGUGCAAACUUGCAGAAAGAAUGGCAAAAAUGUAAAUGCUUCAGAAUCUUAGUUGCUAGGGGUCGUGAGUUAGGUUGCACAGCCUGGGAGCCAUUUUGGACUCACAUCUGUCCAUGUGGGCGCAGGUUAAUUCUGUGUCCAGGGCAGCUGUUUACCAGCUCCAACUGGUAAGCCGGCUAAGCCCCUAUCUGCCUGUGCAUUGUCUCGCCAGAAGGGAUGCGGGUGGCACUGUCGUCUAAACCAGUGUUCCCCAACCUUGGGCCUCCAGCUGUUUUUGGACUACAACUCCCAUCAUCCCUCGCUAGCAAGACCAGUGGUCAAGGAUGAUGGGAAUUGUAGGGGAACACUGGUCUAAACCUCUGAGCCUAUUGGACUUGCUGAUCAGAAGGUUGGUGGUUCAAAUCCCCACGACGGGGUGAGCUCCUGUCAUUCUGUCCCAGCUCCUGCCAACCUAGCAGUUAGAAAGCACACCAGUGCAAGUAGAUGAAUAGGUACCACUGUGGCAGGAAGGUAAACUGUGUUUCCAUGCAUCACGGUGUUCAGUUUAGUCAGAAGCAGUUUAGUCAUGCUGGCCACAUGACCUGGAAAACUGUCUGUGGACAAACGCUGGCUCCCUCGACCUGAAAGUGAGAUGAGUGCCGCAUCUCAUAGUCGCCUUUAACUGGGCUUAACCAUCCAGGGGUCCUUUACCUGUUUCAGCAGAGUGGUACAUGUUCUGGUUACUGCGAUGCGCUCUACAUGGGGCUACCUUUGAAGGUGACUCUGAAACCACAACUAAUCCAGAAUGUAGCAGCUAAACUAGUGACUGAGAGUGGCCACUGGGACCAUAGAACACUGGUCCUAAAAGAACUACAUUGGUUCUAGUACGUUUCCAGGCGUAAUUCAAAGUGUUGGUGCUGGCCUUUAAAGGCCUAAAUGUCCUCAGCCCUGUAUAAUCAGUUCUGGCACCUCUCAGGUGUGUGCCAUUGCCAUUAUAAGAGAACAAAGGAGGUGUUCAUGGUAAGUUCUGGCACCUUCUUUUCUAGAAAAUAGCACUGAGUGUCUCCACCCCCAAUCUUUCAGCCUGGACACUGAGGUCCAGCGCCGAGGGCCUUCUGGCAGUUCCCUCAUUGAGAGAAGUGAGCUUACAGGGGACCAGGCAGAGGGCCUUCUCGGUAGUGGCACCCGCCCUGUGGAAUGCCCACCCAUCAGAUGUCAAGGAAAUAAACAACUAUCUGAAUUUUAGAAGACAUCUGAAGUUUUGUAAUGUUUGCUGUUUUAUUGUGUUUUUAAUAUUCUGUUGGGAGCCACCCCGGGUGGCUGGCGCAGUUAGUCAGAUGGGUGACAUAUAAAUAAUAAAAUUAUUGUUUAUUGAUCCAGCAGAGUUCAUCUUAUGGUCUUAUGUAAGAGAGUAGCUAGUAUUUAAACAUCUAGUGCUUUUUAAAAGUAUCCCUAAGAGCUGAACUUAAAAAAAAGCAACAUUGCCUUCAAAUGCAAUUCAACGAAUCUAAAACUCUUGUUGGAUUUUUGACGCAGCUUUUAUUGCGGGUCUAGAACAAACCGUGUACAGAACUUGUAGCCCUGCUGCAGGCUCCCUGGUAAUCGAGACUCGUAAUACUGCAUGGAAAACAAAUCUCCUGUCAGUGCCCUUUCCCUUUGUAGGAUGGAGACUGUCAGCAGAGAACAAAGAUGACGAAAGCGCUGAAGUAAGCCUGAUCUGUGAGGAAGACCUUUUGACUACUAUGUUCUCUGCUUGCGACAUAGAAAGGAGAGGUAAAAAAACACCAGCACCAAAAACCUUCUCUUGCAACUGUUGGAAGCUUACAGGUGUAUUUGUUUAUUUGUUAAUUUGCUCCAUAAAAUAGUGUUGAGCAUGCCCAAAUUCUCUGAGCCUCAAGUGCUCCAGGGGUCCAGUGUGCUUGGAAUGUGGUCACUGGGGACCUGUAUGGCAUUUUUUGGAUAAUACUGUUAUAUACACAUCCAUAUUAGGGCAGUGCCAUUUUUUCAUGGGGCCAGCCAAGAAUUUCAGCCCCCACUGGUAACUGACCAUGUCUCCUGGGGAGGCCCACUUCUCCCCUGGUAGAUGUCGACCUAGAUCAAGGUAUGUUGACCUGGAAAUAUUUCUGCUUAUGAAACAAGACCUGCGGACCCCUGGUGCUUUGACUAUGGGCUCAUCCAUGUUGCAGGUAUUAAUAUUGCACAGUUUGAAGAGACUGGAAGUAAAAGAACUGACUCCUUUUGGAAACGAAGCAUUGCCUAGGCUCUUAAAAACAUUAUUCGAACAUUUGCUGGCAGAAUUUUCAAAACAAAAUUAAAACAUCAAAUGUACACCCAAAACAUCCAUGCAAUGUCUUGUGCUGUCUGGCACAAGCUCGGUAAAAUAUGAAAUAAUUCUAACAGAUCUAGAACCGGUGGUCUGUCUCUUCCCACAGCAUCCAUUUUAGCUUGGAACUGUUUUCUCUCUCUAUCAGGGAGUCUUUUACAUGUCCUUACUUCACAGUGCCUUGAGACAAAAGACACAAAGGCAACUCCCUUCAGAAUGGAGAUUUGCAACUCAGUGCCUUCAUCACAUGAUCUAAGGUUACAACAGUAGGGGAGCAGAAAGGUAAUCAUUAACCCAUUUAGGAGCUUAGAGUCCCUUAGAAAAACUACUGUGGAAAAACUCCAAUGUUAGUAAUGCGCAUUUAGCCAUUUUCUAUUUUAAAUCUUCAUUAAUGCACAUACUUUGUUCAUUUCUGUGUGAAUUAAAUCAAUUAUACUUAACAGCCCACACUUCUGCUUGUCCCGUACCUAGAAAGCAUGAGUCUCAGAACAUUCCCACUUGCUUUUUACCCCUAAUCGGAACGAACAGCAAUCCAUGGGAAACCCGGUUGCCAUUUGUUCUGAGUCAGCGGUAAAGAGCGAGUUUUUCCAGGGGGGAGCAGCUGAGAAAAGGGAGGUGUGGCCAAGCUCUCAGUGUUCGUUGUUACUGUUGUCUUUAGGCAAAGUGGCUGUUUCCAAAUUAGUUGACUUUGUGAGAUAUACAACUAGCCGGAGUUCUGAGGACAGCAGUCUCGAGGAGCUGUGCAACAUGCUUGAUCCUGAUCAAAGGGACAUCUCCAUGGACUUGGAAACGUAUCAUGCCAUCAUGAAGGAAUGGAUUGACGACUGCAGGAGAAGCUGGUAACUGACGGGUCUUGCAAGGCUUCUUGGGUUGCAUGCAUUUAAUGCACAUGCCUUUGCCCAAAGUACCCAUGGUCUACGACUCAGAGCUAAAAUUCCCAGAACCAUUAGUAAUAUACAGGACUCUUUGGGGGAAGUAAAUGCACUUUUUCAUUAUUUGGUUCAAUAUUUGGUUUGAUAUGGGUAGGUGUUUUUCAGAAUGAGAGCAAAAGCAUCAAGCGAUACUGAAGUGGUCCUAACUGUGACCCUAAAUCGCUGUUCAAACAGGGUGCUGGAGAAGGCACUUUCAUUAUUAUAUUUGGGAAUGAUUCCUGUUGUUAUGUGGCUGCAUUGCAUUAUACUUUCUGGAUGUCCCAUGAUCAUAUUAUAAAGAAGUUUUGUUCUGUGUUAUAAAUCAAGCACUGCUAUAAGUUGGUGCCUCCCCCCCGCCCAUGUAUUUUUUAUCAAUAACAAAAAAUUUGGUGGGGCACCAGCAAAUUUUCACUCUGAAAGUGUAGCUCAGAGGAAAAAGCUUGAGAACCACUGUGCUAAAUUUUGCUAGGCUUGCUUCAUGGGCUGGACCGCCCAAAGAUUCUCCCCUUUAUGUGAUAUGUGUGUGAGAGAGAGCGCAAUUACGAGAACAGAAAAUGUACGAGUAGGGGAAGGAAGCUGUUUGCUAGCUGAAGUGUUCAGUACAGUGGUACCUUGGUUCUCAAACGCCUUGGUACUCAAACAACUUGGAACCCAAACACUGCAAACCCGGAAGUAAGUGUUCCGGUUUGCAAACCUUUUCGGAAGCUGAACGUGCUCCGUUUUGAGUGCCACACUUCCAUUUUGAGUGUUACGCUGGGGCCUGCCUAUUUUUGCUAUUUAUUUUGCGUUUUUGUUGUUGCAGCUCAUUUUGUUUUCUUUUUGUGACUGUGUGGAACCCAGUUCAGCUACUGAUUGACUGAUUGUGUGACUGCAGUACAUUGUUUAUUGCUUUCACUUUAUGGAUCAAUGGUCUAAUUAGAUAGUUGAAUUCAUGUUAAAUUGCUGUUUUAGGAGUUGUUUUUAAAGUCUGGAACGGAUUAAUCCAUUUUGCAUUACUUUCUAUGGGAAAGCGCGCCUUGGUUUUGGAACGCUUUGGUUUUGGAACAGACUUCUGGAACAGAUUAAGUUUGAGAACCAAGGUACCACUGUACUAAGUUGCUGUCCGCAAUUUUGGAUUACUGGAGUGGGAGGCUGCUGCAUCAUCACAAUUAUCCCAUGUGGCUCAUAUUUUAUCAAGGAUGUGACAGGCAAAAUGUAACACUGAGUUGGUUUUGUGCUUAUGCGAGAAUUUAUCCAGAGCUGCUGUCGCAGUAAACUAGUGACCUCUUCUGUGUAGUGAAAUGCAGAGCUGCUCGUAAGUAUCAUCUGCUUCCAGCUUUUAUAAUUAAACUAAUGGUUUAAGGAGGAAUGAAGCCUCCCACCCCCUCAAAAAAGAACCACUUUGUGAUUAUUUUGUUCCUUUUUUGAAACCCGUUUGUCAUUAAUGUUCUCAUGUGAUGCUACAGAAUUAAGACUGUUUUUUGCAAACAGUUUUUUUGGGGGGGGGGGACAAACAGAAGGGGAAAUGUUUUCCAACACUGAAAUAAUUCUGCAAAAAAAAAAAAGUUCAUAGUUCUGAUGAAAACUGUUUUUGGUUAAAACUCUAAAUUCAUGUUAAAACAGGAAAUAAAUAUGUGGGGUUUUUUUCUCAUUCCAGGAAAGAACCAUCUGCUAGAGAGACAACCAGAGAAAGCAUGCUGGCAGGUAUCAGAUGCUCUCUGUAUUAUGGAAGACUUAAUUUACUGAAAAGUAUACUAGAUGCAGCAUAUAGCUUAAGACUCGUGUCCUGCAGCUGAAAGGGGUUUGCAAAUAGCCAGUGAACAUGAACAUGAAAUUUAUUACGGUCAGAGACCAGCUUAAGAAACAGAAAUGGAACUACAAUCCCAAUAGCAAAACCAACAUUUAAAACAAUAUACAACAAUAGAUUUUAAAGUUUAAAAAUGUGAUAGGCAUAUAAACACAUAAAAACUUUAAAAUAGACCACCUUAGAGAAAUGACCCAAAGUCGCCCGUGAAUCUGGGUUUGGGAAUAUUCUUAACAAACUAGAUUGAAUUGGGGGGUGGUCUGCGCCUACAGAUUUUUUUUGCUUUACCGAGAGGUCAGUAAGCCUCACCAGCAGAGGGUCAAUGGUUUCUCUACGUGCCUCAUCGUAAAAGGGACAUCUAAAAAAUAUGUGUUCAGGGCUUCCUAUAUCCCCCAAUGGACAGGCACAAAUUCUCCGGUCAUAUGGGACUUUUUUAAAGGAUCCUUCCAAGACCAGUGAGGGCAGACCUGAGCUUCUGGCAAGUAUAAUAGCCAGUGCAUGCAGAGGAUUAGUGAAGGGAAUGCAAAGACAAAUGUGCUUGAGGGGGAUGGAUGAAGGAAUCUUCUCCAACCAUGGGAGGGGAAGAGAAUGUUCACUGUGGGUUUAAAGUGCUUGGAAAGUAUAACCUGGGAUAUUAUUGGAGGAACUGCAAGAGGUGUGGGGAAGGUCAGAAAGGGUGGAGGGAGGGUGAUGUGUUGUGUGGAGAUGUCAACAGAAAGUGAAAAAACCCCAAAAUGCUCUGUACCAAUGUUUGUCUCUUGAGCUGUAACCAGAAACCUCUUUUUUCAGCCAAAAGUCCUCUUGUGAGGCUGAAUGUAACUUCCGGAAGCCUAGAGGCACUUGGUGGCGAUGUGUCCAGAGGAGACUUGUGAGUCGCUUUAAAAAUAUUUUUACAAGCUAUUUCAGAUAUCAAUAUUGCACUAUUUGAAGGAAUUGGAUUCAUAAAAAACUGAACCCUUUUGGAAUAAAAAAAUGUCCAGACCCAUAAAUAUGAAUCAAUGCUUUGCUAACCAGAACUUCUUCAAAACAGGUACAAAACAGACAAUGAUACAUCCAGAAAGUUGUAUAAAGCAUAUGCAUAUUCAAACAUAGGUUCUUCUUCUUAAAUACAUAACAUACUUACCAUCAGAGCAAAAAUCAAAGCUAUGUCUCUCCAAUAGCCUAUAUUAGCCUGCGUCCAGGCUAAGCUUAUGCGCUCCUCAAGAGGCAUCAUUAUCACAUUCUUUUGUUCUCUGUGGCUCCCAGAGAGAAGACUAAACAGACAACUCCCUUCAAGAUGGAGAUUUGCAAUUGAAUACCUUGAUCAUGUGAUCUAAGGUUAAACACUCACAUGUAGGAGCAGAGAACAUCAGUUAAUCAGAGAGCUUCAGUAUGCUGCAAUGGAAUUUUCCAAUGUUAAACCCUUCAGCGAUAUGCAUACAGAGAUUAAACAAUUAUACUUGCUAAAUUGUCACUUUAAAACACAUUUCCCAAAAUAGUUCUAUGCUAGGGCACUUUCUAAUCUGAGAGUGCGAUGCUAAAUCCCUUUGUGGUCACAGAGUCCCCCUCUCUUUUCAAAUAUGACUAUCGGACAAAAUCCUCUUAAGUUUUAUCAGCCUUUUGGAGCGGUCUCUGGUGUAGCCCAUGAGACCUUUGUCAUACACCACACGAAUAAUUUAGUCGUCUUCUGGGCUAGGAAGUGAUGCCAUGAUAGGGUAUUGGUGAUGAACUAUUCAUGCCUCCCCCUUUUUAAAAACAUUUAUUUGCAUUAGUAGGGCAGGUACCCAAUCUGCAGUUUGCUGGCAUUUGCAGCUGAGGGACAAGCAUAGGUUGGUGGAAAGGGAAGCUUUAAUGAUGGAGGAUUUCAAAGAUAUGAGAGGAUUUUGGAGGAACAUAUGUUAACAGAGUGGAAAGCAGCCUCCUAACAGCGCUGUCCCUGCUACUGACUGGGAAGGAUGAGGAAACGAGGACGUCAGCAUGGUGCAAAGCCACUUCUGAUUGGGUGCUCAGGCUGAGAGGGCAGCUGGCUACCCACAGCUGGUGCUGGAGAUGGCAGUUCAGCUGGAAAGAUGCAAAAGAAAUGGGAGAUGUUGGGUUUUGAUCUUUGAGGGUGGCCCCUCCCAUCAAAACGUGGAGAAUGCAGACAUGACAGCUGAUCAGAGCCUUUUGUUCCUUGUGCAUCCAGGGAAACCUCUGACUUGAUCACUUGCGUAGCAGAUCUUCAGUUCAGCAAUCAGAAACUUCAAGAGGAGAACAAUCAGUUGAAGGCAGCUCUGGACGCCAUGGAGGAGACCAACAACAGAUUAGUGGAGGACAAUGUGGAGCUGAAUAAUCAGAUAAAAAGGUGGGACACUUUGGGUUGAGUCCAACUAAACCAAUGCACGAGCAGAACUGCUUCUGCAGGUGCAGCAGAACUUUCCCCACCCCUAAAUCUUCUCCAUUGGUUGGGGAAAACUUGGAGCAGUUGGGUGGAGAGGAGCGGUACUGGUCAUCUUCUCCAAUGGCCAUCUGGUUGGCCAUUGCAGAUAAGAGGUGAGCAGGAGACGAGCUGAUCUGGCCUAAGCACGUCUCCUCCUGCUCGCUUGCCACCGGCACGGAUGGGCAGCUGCCGGACGAUGCCUGCACAGGAGAUGGGCAGACAGGCAGGCAGGGCAGCAGCAGGAGGAAGGAGUUUCUGCUAACGCUUACUCCUGAGUAAGCCUGUAGGGGAUCACAGUGCAAGGAGGGAGGGAGGAAGCACGGCUAGCACUCCAAGAAAGGCUGGGACCCAGAGGAAGGCCGCAAAACAGAGGAGACCACAGAAGAGAAGAUAUUACUACUACUUUUUAAAAAAUAACUUUUCCCCUCUUUUUUUUAAAAAAAAAUAUUGAUUGAUUGAUUGAUUGAUACUGUCCCCAGAUUCAUUGAAAAAAAUCUGGUAACCUUAUUCCAAACCCUGGAGCCAGCACUGGUUUAGCAGCAUGAGAAGCUUCGUUAUACAGCGUCAGACCAUUGGUCCACCUAGUUCCAUAUGGGCUGUGCUGAUUGGAAGACGUUCUCCAGGGUUUGGGGCAGGAGUCUCUCCCAGUUCUACCCGGAGAUACCAGGGACAGAACCAGAGACCUUCUGUGUGGAAAACGGGUGCCCAUGCACUGAGCUGCAACCCUUUCUGCUAAUGGCUGCUGUACAUAUUUUUAUUUUGAUGCCAUGUCGUUGAAGCAGCAGGGACAGAGCAAUCCAAAUGUCUUCAUUUCCUCUUGCCAGAUUGGAGGCGGUCACUCAGAGUAGGAAAAUCCUGCCAGUCUUUUAUUAUUAUUAUUUCUAAAAUGCCCUAUAACAACUGCAUGUUGCUUAUAACAGGCUUGGUGAUUUUGGUUUUUUCAGUUUCCAGCAGUCUGUGGCUCGAGUGAAAACCUUAAAAGAGGAGCUGGAGGAAGCAAAGAAUAACCUGAAUACUGCAGAGGAAAAAAGGCUGAGAACAGCAGCCCAGAAUAAGCAGCUAGUAGGUGGACUUGAACCAUUUCAGACAGUGUUUAUUGACUGAGGCUUAACAGUGCAUUAAGGUAAAGGUAAAGGGACCCCUGACCAUUAGGUCCAGUUGUGGCCGACUCCGGGGUUGCGGCACUCAUCUCGCUUUAUUGGCCAAGGGAGCUGGCGUACAGCUUCCGGGUCGUGUGGCCGGCAUGACUAAGCUGCUUCUGGCAAACCAGAGCAGUGCACGGUAACGCUGUUUACCUUCCCGCCGGAGUGGUACCUAUUUAUCUACUUGCACUUUGACGUGCUUUCGAACUGCUAGGUUGGCAGGAGCAGGGACCGAGCAACGGGAGCUCACUCCGUCAUGGGGAUUUGAACCGCUGACCUUCUGAUCAGCAAGUCCUGGGCUCUGUGGUUUAACCCACAGCGCCACCCGCGUCCCUAACAGUGCAUUCAGUCCUUUGAAAUUUGCACUUCUCCAAAUUUUGCUGUGCGGUUCCCCAAUCAAGUAAUACAUACUAAAAUAUAAUAGCUAUAUAGUAAUGUAAACGACAUACAAAUGCACAUGUUAGUGAAACGACAUACAAAAAUGCAUUAUGUUAAGGGAAAUGUGUAUGUCUGACAAAAUGCGUAUGCAGUAUUACAAAUUGCACUAAAAUGCUGAUGAGCUUUCAUAAGGACUUUAUAAAAAAGAGAGCAAACUGAUAUGCAAAUGUGGAAACUGAAAUUGACAGUUGUCAGUCAACCCUAUAUAUAGAUCACUGUGUGACUUAAAGCUUUGUGGUGAUGUAUGUUGAUUAUAACCCAAGACAUCGCCAAUUUUCCAUAAAUUGAGGGCAGAGUUUUCCACAGGUGGGACGGGGAAAACAUUCAAUAUUUGCAUGGUAGUUGUGUCUAGUGGCCCUGAGUAACUGUGUGGGUGUGUGUAUGUGUGUUGGCAGUUUCUCAAACCAUCCCCCCUUUCCUUUUUACACCAGGAAAAGGAGAAUCAGUCCCUCAUUCUCAAGAUCUCAUCUCUACAAGAGGAGGUAAGUGUGAAUUGCGUGCGACUUGUCUGUAGACAGUUUCAUACGCUGGGGAAAGUCUUGCUGGCUAGUUUUGCUGUGCAUAAUAAAUAGUAUCUGCUUUAAUCCAGAAUAUUAGGCACACUCUGGAUUCGGAUGGUCUCCGGAAGAAGAUCUCAGAGCUGUCAAGAAAUAUGGCUGAACUCCAAGUAGGUGCUUGCAAGACUUAUUUUCAGCGUGGGGAAGCAACGGUUCAAUGCAGGGCUUCAAAUGCCAAAUAUUUCUCCAGGACAUCUAUAAGCAAGAUGGCAGGAGGUUUAGGGACUCUUUCUUCCUCAGGGAUUAAGCAUGUGUGUGCAUGUGUGUUAUAGGGUGCUGUACAGUUUUUAUUUUAAGAUUUGUUUUUUAAGAGAUGCUUCCACUUAAAUCGUCAAUCAACUUACCUGCAAGCAAAUGAACACUGUUUUUAAAUCUGAGUUGCCAAACUGAAAUAGGUCAGAUUCCUAAAUGUAAACCUUAAGUUUUUGCAAUUUUGCACUCAAAUUCCAAGGUAGAAUGUCAUGUAAAAACCAUAAUGAAUUCACUGGCUUCUCUGACAACUAGAGCUGAAAUCAACUUGCCCUUUAAAACUCUCCUGAUGUCAGAUAUUCUGAGUACAUGAAUAUUAGAUUUUUCAUUUUAUUUUUAAAUUAUCUGGGAGAUUUUUAUCCUGACAUUCUAUGUAGAGUUUAAAGGACUGGCUGGAGCCUUCUAACUCCUGCUCUAACAGCUCCUCCUUAUGACCUGGGAGGUUAUAUUUUAUUUGUGGCAUUUAUGGCCCACCCAAAAAGGCUUGCAAAGCAGCACACAAAAAUCAGUACUUAAGUCCCCUCAGGCUCCCAAUUUAAAAAGACAUGGAAGGUGAGACAUCACAUGCAAGAAAAAAGAAACAGGAGGGAGGAGGAGAAAGCAAGAUCAAGCUCCAGUUCUUAAAGUUAACAGUUCUUAUAACAGUGCUGUAUAGUUCUCUUCUGUGUAUAUUCUGUGCAGUAUGCAGCUAACUCCUUCUGUCAGUGCAAGGACUACCAUGUGCGUAGUUGAAUUUUCUCCCCCUCUUCUCUUCCUCUGCAUGUCCAACCCCCAAAUCUGCUCUGGAGCAUUGGGAUAACCCCUAGAACAGAUUUAGGUGGUGCACAGGGGAAACAAGAGCAGGGACAGAUCCAUUGCUCAAGUGCUGAUGGAACAAGUUACAGUGGUACCUUGGUUCUCAAAUUUAAUCAGUUCCGGAAGCCCGUUCCAAAACCAAAGCGUUCCAAAACCAGGGCACGCUUUCCUAUAGAAGGUAAUGCAAAACGGAUUAAUCCGUUCCAGAUUUUUAAAAACAACCCUUAAAACAGCAAUUUAACAUGAAUUUUACUAUCGAACGAGACCAUUGAUCCAUAAAAUAAAAUCAAUAAUCAAGGUAAAGGUAAAGGUAAAGGUACCCCUGCCCCUACGGGCCAGUCUUGACAGACUCUAGGGUUGUGCGCUCAUCUCACUCUAUAGGCCGGGAGCCAGCGCUGUCCGCAGACACUUCCGGGUCACGUGGCCAGCGUGACAAGCUGCAACUGGCGAGCCAGCGCACCACACGGAACGCCGUUUAACUUCCCGCUGGUAAGCGGUCCCUAUUUAUCUACUUGCACCUGGGGGUGCUUUCGAACUGCUAGGUUGGCAGGUGCUGGGACCGAAAGACGGGAGCGCACCCCGCCGCGGGGAUUCAAACCGCCGACCAUGCAAUCGGCAAGUCCUAGGCGCUGAGGUUUUACCCACAGCGCCGCCCGCGUGCCAAUAAUCAAUGUACUGUACCAUAAAAUAAAUAAGACAGAUGAUGAAAAUUAAAAUUAUUAUUUUUUCUUACCUGCACUGAUGAUAGUCAUUGUUUGGAUGGGGGACUUUUAUCCAUUUCCGCAAUCCCACAAUCAGUCAAUCAAUCAGUAGCUAAAUUGGGUUCCACACAGUCACAAAAACAAAUUAACAGAAAUGCAUCAGAAACAAAAACGCAAAAUAAAUAGCAGAAACAAAAGCACCAAACUUAAUCUGUUUGACUUCUGAAAUGUUCGAAAACCAAGGCGUGGCUUCUGAUUGGGGCAGGCGCCCCAGAAACAAUAGCCGACAGCCACAUCGGAUGUCCGGCUUCCGAAAAACGUUCGAAAACUGGAACACUUACUUCCGGGUUUGCGGCGUUUGGGAACCAAGGCAUUUGAGAACCAAGGUACCACUGUAGUUGGGUGUCUCCCUCCACUGUUUGGAAGAGCAGCAACCUCUUGUUGACAUCAGUGGCGGUUCUCUCUCUCUUGCCCUUGAUGAAGAGAUAAUUCGUCCCCUGAAGACCUUCCCCAGCCCUGAGAUCAGGAGGAGCAGCAGAGCUAGUGACAAAAUCCAGGGCAGGAAGACAGCACAGUUCUUCCUUCAGAGAAGCGGCUUGAUGCAGAAACCCUCCUCCUGCAUCAGUAUCAAUGGCAGUUUGUACCUUGUUGAUGCUAACCUGGUUUAGGUCACUUUCAGCCACUCAUUGGUGGCUCUCCUUCAGAGUGGCUGGUGCCUGGUUGAGGAAGGAAAUAAGACACUUCUGCCCUUCGGAGGAGGUGGAGUUGCAGGCUUCACGCCCCCCCCCCCGCGUGAUUGGGGGGAUUCCCGACUGCGUCACCUCCUGGCCAGCCAAUCAGCUGGCUCUGGGGGUGUGGCCUGUCUUAUUUAAAGCAGAAUGCAGCCGGGGAUCUCCCUCUUUGCCGCUUACCAGCUGUUCCUGCUUUUCCCACCCUCCCGCCCUUUAAGGUUUUCGUUCGUUGACCUUGCUAUGGACCUUGGUUGGUUGCCGUUGAGGGGCCUGGUAGGAAAUUUUCCACUUGGCAAAUUGGCACCAGGCACUUGGUUUUCGCCUACCUCGUAGCAAAUUGUCACGACUUUCUGGGUAUUGGCGGUUAGGCAUUGGAAAGUUCUGUAGAUGGAAAAAAGGGGAGGUAGCGCCAUCACCUGCCCUGCAUAUUGAAGGGUAGUCCGUUAAAGGAUUCGGGGGGAUGGCCCUGUCUGAAGCCUAGGAAGUUUAGGGCCUAAGGCACGCCCCCUAGCGGUGACCCCAGGGGAGUUCCUAGUUGAUGUGCAUCAGCAGGACUCCACCUACUGGUGUUAACCCUUCCCGGACUUCUAGCAGACGGGCUGAAGUCGGAUAUAGUCGGUUAGGACCAAUGCCUAAACCAAUACUGCUCAUCACCUGUAACCAAUAAAGUUGUGGCCUUUUAAUCUUAAUAAUUGGUGACUGGAGUGGCCGUCGGGACCACAUAACACCGGUCCUGAGAGAUCCGCAUUGGCUCCCAGUACAUUUCCAAGCACAAUUCAAAGUGUUGGUGCUGACCUUUAAAGCCCUAAAUGGCCUCGGUCCUGUAUACCUGAAGGAGCGUCUCCACCCCCAUCGUUCAGCCCGGACACUGAGAUCCAGCGCCGAGGGCCUUCUGGCAGUUCCCUCAUUGCGAGAAGUGAGGUUACAGGGAACCAGGCAGAGGGCCUUCUCAGUAGUGGCGCCCGCCCUGUGGAACGCCCUCCCACCAGAUGUGAAGGAAAUAAGCAGCUAUCCUAUCUUUAAAAGACAUCUGAAGGCAGCCCUGUUUAUGGACGUUUUUAAUAUUUAAUGCUGUAUUGUUUUUAACACUCGAUUGGGAGCCGCCCAGAGUGGCUGGGGAAACUCAGCCAGAUGGGUGGGGUAUAAAUAAAUUAUUAUUAUUAUUAUUAUUAUUAUUAUUAUUAUUAUUUAUUAUCAAUGCUGCCUUCCUCUUCUCCUGCAGCGUUAUUAAAUAAUUGUGUCAUUAUUUCUGCCGGGGGGGGGGUCGGGAACUCCCCACACAACCUGGCUUCGCCAUUUUCAGCCACUUGUUGGUGGCUCUCCUUCAGAGUGGUUGGCACCUGGUCAAGGAAGGAAACAAUGGAAUCAUAGAAUUGUAGUGUUGGAAGGGAUCCCAUAGGUCAUCGGGAUCCCCACUGCAGUGCAGGAAUUGCAGCAUCUGAAUCUGAAGCGAGGGCCCUGAGCAGGGUUGGGGAGUGCCAAAGUGGCCAAGAAAGACAUCUCUGGAAAGACCUGGAGUUUAUGAGCUCUCAAGACCCUUUGCAUCCCACAACCUGCAGAGUGGAUUUAAAGCAUCUUCUGCACUCUGAAGCAACUUCGGAAAUACUUUUUUUUUUUUUAAAGGCAUAAGGCAAAACAGUAAUUUCAAUUCCUCUCCUCCAGAUACAAGUACACCUGUAUGAAAAGACGGUGGAGAAUAAAGAGGCCUCCAUCCUCAAGGUGAGUAGCUUUUGCGGGGCUGCAGAGACAGACUUGCUAGCCAGUGUUUUGCUGGGCCGGAUGCGAAAGCCAUGGGAAGAUUGCUUUGGCAAUGAAGGUUUAAGGGUAGUGGGAUUGCAGGACUGAAUUUGCACAUCGCACUGUAACACUGACAGCCUUUUCUCUAACGGUUUGACUUUACCCCCAAAGGCGCACUCCUCCAUGGUCUCUUGAGACAGACAGAUGCCAACCAAUACCAACUUGAAUAAAAGAUUGGGGGGGGGGCAGAUAAGCCCCACCCUGCCUAAUUGAUCACAUGAUGUGAUAAACACACACCAUUUGAAUGGCAAUGGCCAUUAACUUUGGGGGCGCCGAGGUCCUUCAAAUAUUAUAUUGGGGGCUUGAAGAGCCCUCAGCUGCUAGGAGCUGGCUCCUAUGUACACAUACAUGCAUAUUAAGCAGUUGGGUCCUUACCUUUCUCUCCCUGAUCUGGCCACAGUGAUUCAUGCAAUGGUCACCCUCAGGCUUGAUUCUUGUAACUCGCUCUACACGGGGCUGCCCUUGAAGCUGACCCAGAAACUCCAGCGGGUGCAGAAUGCCGCAGCAAGGCUCCUUACGGGGUCCUUGCCACGGGAUCACAUUCAUCCAGUGCUUUACCAACUGCACUGGCUCCCGGUGGAGUACAGGGUCAGGUUUAAGGUGCUGGUUUUGACCUUUAAAGCCCUAUGCUGCCUAGGACCCAUGUACCUACGGGACCGCCUCUCCUGGUAUGCCCCGCGGAGGACCUUAAGGUUCACAAAUGACAACACUUUGGAGGUCCCAAGCCGCAAGGUGGUUAGAUUGGUCUCAACUAGGGCCAGGGCCUUUUCAGUACUGGCCCCAACUUGGUGGAAUGCUCUGUCACAAGAGACUAGGGCCCUGUGGGACUUGACAUCUUUCCGCAGGGCCUGCAAGACAGAGCUGUUCUGCCUGGCCUUUAGUUUGGACUCAGUCUGACCCUUAUGUUUUCCCUCCCCCUUAUGAUUUUGAUCCAUGGGCUACUUUUAAAAUGAGGCUGCAUUUUAAAUUGCAUUUUAACCUAUAUUUUAAAUUGUUUUUUUCCCUAUUAAGUUUUUAUUGUAAUUUUACUGGUGAUAGCCACCCUGAGCCCGGCUCUGACCAGGGAGGGUGGAGUAUAAAUAAAAAAUUAUUAUUAUUAUUAUUAUAGCAAACUCAUUUUUUGAAUGCCACCUUUUUCUAUUUGGCCAAAACAUCAUCAUCCAUGUGCAAGGAAGGUGUAUCCUUUGGCUUUGCAAGCUGCAGUAGUACAAAAAAACCCAAAUCACACAAUGCGGUCAGAGUAUGCUUAGUGGGUACAGAAUGCUGAUAGUGGGAGCUGGGGGAGGAAAACGGGGGGCGGGGAGGUGGAAUGGCAUAUCCUGAAAGUGGGUGUGACUGGUUGGAGCACGCUGCAGCAUUCUUAUAAUAAUAUAAUAAUAAUAAUUUUUUAUUUAUACCCCGCCCAUCUGGCUGGGCUUCCCCGGCCACUCUGGGCGGCUUCCAAAAGAAUAUUAAAAUACUAUAAUACAUCAAACAUUAAAAGCUUCCCGAAACAGGGCUGCCUUCAGGUGUCUUCUAAAAGCCUGGUAGUUGUUGUUCUCUUUGACAUCUGGUGGGAGGGUGUUCCACAGGGAAGGCGCCACUACCGAGAAGGCCCUCUGCCUGGUUCCCUGUAACUUGGCUUCUCGCAGUGAGGGAACCGCCAGAAGGCCCUCGGCGCUGGACCUCAGUGUCCGGGCAGAACGAUGGGGGUGGAGACGCUCCUUCAGAUAUACUGGACCAAGGCCGUUUAGGGCUUUCAAGGUCAGCACCAACACUUUGAAUUGUGCUCGGAAACGUACUGGGAGCCAAUGUAGGUCUUUCAAGACCGGUGUUAUGUGGUCUCUGCGGCCGCUCCCAGUCACCAGUCUAGCUGCCGCGUUCUGGAUUAGUUGUAGUUUCCGGGUCACCUUCAAAGGUAGCCCCACGUAGAGCGCAUUGCAGUAAUCCAAGCGGGAGAUAACCAGAGCAUGCACCACUCUGGCGAGGCAGUCCGCAGGCAGAUAGGGUCUCAGCCUGUGUACCAGAUGGAGCUGGUAAACAGCUGCCCUGGACACAGAUUUGACCUGUGCCUCCAUGGACAGCUGUGAGUCCAAAAUGACUCCCAGGCUGCGCACCUGGUCCUUCAGGGGCACAGUUACCCCAUUCAGGACCAGAGAAUCCUCCACACCUGCCCGCCUCCUGUCCCCCAAGAACAGUACUUCUGUCUUGUCAGGAUUCAACCUCAAUCUGUUAGCCGCCAUCCAACCUCCAACCGCCUCCAGGCACUCACACAGGACCUUCACUGCCUUCACUGGUUCUGAUUUGAAAGAGAGGUAGAGCUGGGUAUCAUCCGCAUUCUUGUUGCAGGUCUCCCUUGUCCUUUUUCCCUAAGACCCAGUUGGCAUCUUUACUUGGGCAAGCUGCGAAUUAGACUGACUGUGCCCAGCACUGAGCUUUCAGAGUGGCGGAAGGGGAUCUGGUUGCUGCAGGAGAUUGCAAGCUCUAUGUACAAUCUUCCGCAGAAAGCGACGAGCCUGAAAAUGCCAGGAGCGUACCAUGCAAACGUCUUCCUCCCUUCCCCUCCAGAACGCUUGUUUUGCAUAGCUUUGACUUGUUCCUUCUCCAGGCACCUGUAGCUGAUUUGAAUUAUGUAAAAACACGCCAUUUGGGCACAUGUCCCUGCAUGCCAGGGGUGUUUUAAAUAAUGCUGGGCAUGAAUUGGCCCACGUGGAGCAUCUUCCAGGAUUAUGGAAGCGCAGGGUGAGUGUUGGCAAGCCUUUCUGCAGGUGGAAACAACUUGUUUCCUGCGUCUGAGCUUGGCUUCCUUGAGAUGGAGAGCAGGGAUGGAGGGAUUGUGGGUGACAAGGAUAAGGAAAGGGUUAAGCUCAUCCCUCUCUGAAAAUGCCACCCUCACCUAACCUUACAUUAAGGAGCCACCACAGGUGGGCCACAUGUCCGUCAUGCAAAGCGAAAUAUACUCAGAGUCCUGUAGUGAUUUCAUGCUCUUUCUUGCAGCUUGUAAAACAGUGAUUGAAUUGCCCCCCAAACCUCAGGCUUUUAUAUACAUUAUUUACACAAUGAGUCCCGUCUGAUUGGCUGAUUCUGCUUCCCUCCUGAUUGGUCUUUUCCUGCAGGCCAAUCAAUUGUUGCAUUCUACGAUCCUACCAGCCUAACAGGCUGAUUAACUUCCUCCUGGAACCUGACUGGUCUUUUCCUGCAAGCCAAUCAGUUGUUGCAUUCUAGGAUCCUACUUGUCUAUUGUUCUAGGAUCCAAGCUUAGUACAUAACACAAAGUGUCAUUUUUAACCUAAAUAUUAGUAAACUGCAAGAGGCUUUGUUUCAGAUAUUGCAGUACAAUCUGUCCUGCACUUUUCCUUUGCUUUCCUCUGAAAAACAAAGAGAGACACAAGGGUUUGAGGGUCAGGUUGGUAUUCUGCAAAUGAAGCCCUAAACUUGCCUGAAAAGUCUCAUUCUGCAAGCACAUUGGAUGUAUUGAUGUACAGCCUCUUUACCUGGCCCUUUGAAAAAUAGGCAUGUAGUUCAAACUAGGGAUUGAACUCCAAAUGUAGAACUAAGUUCAGAGCGUGCUCACAAACCUGCAGAUAGGAAUCUCCCGUCUCCUGUCAACAUAUUCUGCAUUUUUCUCUUCCUUCCUGCACCACCUAAAACUUUAAACUGGGUGCAAGCAUCCAAUUGCUGUCUGGACAGAAUGCAGAACUUGUCCUUGUAGGCCUCAUUUGGAUCUCUCUCUAUGUUCAUUGGCAAUGUCAUAGAACAAGCAGGAUCCCAAAUGAGUGCAUUCAAGGCAAAGGCACAUCUUUGCCCCAUGUUCUUGGCCAACCAGAAUGGGCAACGCUGUGUCAUCUGGACUAAUCUCCUGGAAGUACUUGUAUGUGGAAGCUCAUCUUCAAUGCAGAGGACUGAAUAGCCAUUUUCUGGACUCCUCUGAGCAGCAGAAAGUUUGAGCAAAAAAAGUUUCUGCAAAAAAAGACCUGGAGACUUACAGAGUCUUUAUUUGGGACAGUCAGAUCUCUCAAUUUUAGUUUCUCAUUUUUCCAGACUUGAAUUCGAUUUGCCAAUCUCUGCAUUAGUUUCUGGGGUUUUUUUUAAUUUUUAAGCCUUCAUGAAAAUUAAUCUGCAACUUCAACUUUUUCAUACACAUUUCUCUUAAUACACACAUUUUUCUACACCAUUUUACCCAAGGUGCACAUUUUUGCAAGCCAUUUCCAUCAGUUCAAUGCAUUUUUAUGUUACUUUCACUAACACCGGCAUCCCUUCACCUAACAUGUAGAAUUCACUGCACAUUUUUUGGUUGCAAAACUGGAUCGCAAAAAUUGAAGACGUGUGAAUUUGUUGGCAGAUAGCUAUGUUUUGAUCCAUGUAUUGUUUGAGGAAGUGCAGAUUAGGCCAGCUUGCAUUAAAAUGUGAACCAAAUCUCUCUCCUCCUGCAAUCCCGUAUCUGUUUCCAAUGUACAAACUGACCAUGGGAGAUCGUUGGAUGCAUUGCUGGCUUGUAAAGCAGCAGUUUUCCAAAGCGCUUCUUUCCUAGCCAGAUGGAAAAGCCAGACUUCUAAUCCAGGUCCCAGAUGCAUCCAAAUGGCUAAAUAUCCUUACAGAGACAAUGUGUGUGCAAAAGCUAGUACCCAUCAGCCAUCAAAAGCUGUUGAUGCUCCUUUAAGCAAGCAUUUUCCGGCUAUCACUGCCUUAUUAAAAAGAUCAGUCCCUCAUUUUUCAUGGCCAUGACAAUUUUCUUUUAACUAGGUCAAUCUGUUUGGAAUGCUUUUUUUUGUAUGGAGUCGGCUUCAGAAAUUGUCUCAAUGCCUUUAGCCUCUCUCUCUCGUUCUCUCGCUCUCUUUCUCUUUCUCUUUCUCUUUCUCUUUCUCUUUCUCUUUCUCUCUCUCUGGUCCUAUACUUCUAAUUCAAACACUUCCACCUGUGCAGAAGGACCUGGAUAUUCAGGAGCUGAAGUCUACCCUCAAGGAAUACACCUCCGUAAUAGAGGUACAGUUGCCAUAAUUUGUCUGGGAGCUGGAGACAGAAGAGGAGUCCUUUAUUGGGGGGGGGGGGUGUUGCUUGAAGGUUGUGUCUUGAGAGAGCUUUGUGUUUUUCUGUAGACCCUGCGGGUGGAGAAGAACAAACUGGUGAACAACAUCCAGCAAAUGCAGCAGGAGUUGAUUUCGUGAGUAUUUUUGCACUCCAAGGGGGCGAGAUUCAGCGCCCUUAUAAUGAGAGACGCUCUUGGAGCUUCGCAGAUUUAAUUCUUUGACUAUCCUUCUGCUAGGAAUGGCUUCAACUUCCCCUUGAUAUACAAAUUCAACAGCAGCAUCCUUGAAGGGACCAACUCUUUGCACUGCGAACUGGAGCUUGCCCAAGAGCAAGCGGAGGUGGGCGUUUUUAAUUGUAUUUUAUCUGCUUCUCCCCCUUGGUUCCCCAGAGCCAGUUCCUCUAAUGCAGGGGUUUCCAACUGGUGGACCGCGAUCGACAGGUCAACCCCCAGUUGAUAUAAGUCGAUCGCGGGCUCAUUUUCCUCCGCUGGGCCUGCCCCUUGCUCCUUCCUGUAUUCGUGCACGAUUUCAAGAACGGAAGACGGAGUUACCGUUGGUGGGAUUACUUCUCGUUUUUCAAUCAAUGUCAUGCAAUCCACCCACCCCAAAAAAAUGGCAGAAGAAUUUGCAAUCUCCCCCCCAAAAAGGUAAACAACUGUGGCUUGCCCCCCCUGAAAAAAGCUUAAUAACUUUGGCUUGCCCCCCCAAAAAGCUCAACAAUUUAGGUUCCCCCCUCCCCAAAAAAUGUGUAGAUUGCUGCUAAUUUUUUAAUCUGGGAGUAGAUUGCAGUCUCUUGGGAGUUGGAUGUCCCUGAUGUGACUGGGAAGCGAGGCAAAGACCACUACCUUGCUGUUUUCCAGACUGUCACACUUUUGCACAUAUCUCUGGCACAUGUCUGUGCCUUUGGAUAAUGAGUGCACCUUUCUAAAUAAGCAUUUAGUUGCACAUGCAGCUAAUACAACUGCAUCUAGCUCCCCUGCUCCCUCUCCCUUCACUGCCUCCCCCCGGUGCUGGGUUUUAGAUUGGAAGCUUCUUGGGGCAGGGACCUGCCUUCACAUACUCUGCAAAGUGCCAGGGACACUGGUGGUGCAGUAUAAAUAAAUGACAUCCAGCCAAACAGAUGCACUUUCCCAGAACAACUUGGAUCAAAGUUUUAUGCCCAGGGUAGCCUCUGGCCAGUGUUGAGACUCAGGUAAGAUGUGCCAAAUUAAAUAUCCGUAUCCCCUUUGCAGUUGACCGCUAUUUUGUCUAGUUCCUUCUUCCUGAUCUUAGCUGCCAGUGUUGAGACUUGGCAGAUGGUUGAGCUUGUAUCAUAUGGCCCCUUUCUGAUUGCUUUGCUAUGCAGGUCUCUGGAAUCGAAUGGACUGCACUGGAUGAAUCGCUGGACGCGGAGGUUUUGCUGCUCCUGCAAGGGCCGGAGAGAGUGGGAGAAAAAUUCAAGGCCACCAUUCAGAAACUGGUAUGGAAAAAGACUGUGGGUGGAAUAGCAAAUGGAAGACUGCAAAACCAUUCCAAAGCUUUUGCUCAUCUCAGAACCUGAGCAAGAUGCUUCUUCUCAUCCUCCCUUCUGCAAAUCCUUUUCUUCUUAUGCCGAUUCAUAGCUAUCCACAGUAUGUUAGUGCUGAAAGAAGCAUUUAGAGUGGUGCAGGAAAUCUAGAUUCUUCGCCACAUAUGUUUGCUUAUAGGCUUUUGAUAGGUAGGGAAAUAAUAGCUGCCGAUAUGUAUGCUUAUCUGUUAGCGCACUGUUUCUCAGCCUGUGGGUCCCCAGGUGUUGUUGGACUAUAACUCCCAUCAUUCCUAGCCAGCAUGACCAGCGGUCAGGGAAGAUGGGAGUUGUAGUCCAACAACAUCUGGGGAUCCACAGGUUGAGAAACACUGGUUUAGCGGCUUAGUCCUUUUGAAACAGUCCUAUUCCUUCACGGGCACUGCACAGAACUCUUUUAAAGAAGCAAAUAGCCUCUCGUUGCUAAGGUUCCACAUCAAAAUAUUCAGCUCAUAGUGCUGAGGAGGAAUGGAAGUUCCCCCAGAAUGUCUGCUUUAUAUGCAUUAUUUACACAAUGGGCCCCACGUGAUUGGCUAAUUCUGGGAUUCACCUGUAGGCCAAUCAGUCACUUCCACCUGGAGUUGGAUUGGGUGGCUCCUGUGGACCAAUCGGACUGCUGCAUUCUGGAUCCUAUUCAACUCAGUACAUAACAGCGUGUUACCAUUUAGAUGUAAAAGUUCAUGGGACGUGACCUUUUUCUUUACAGAAGCAAGAACUUUCUCGAGUGGAGGAAAUAGCCGUCCUGCAGGCAGAGGGCUUUGAGGCAAAUAUGCAAGAAGCCCAUAAGAAGAAGCUCAUGGUAAAUGUUACUGAAUGGCUAGAAAGGGUGCUUUAGUACACCUCCCUACUGUCUGAAUUACAAGGGCUUGGGCAGAGCUUGCAGGGAUGUGUACUGGCACAAAAAUAUCCCUCUUUGGGGUUUCGUAACUGCUUUCACAGGGACGCGGGUGGCGCUGUGGGUUAAACCGCAGAGCCUAGGACUUGCCGAUCAGAAGGUCGGUGGUUCGAAUCCCCGCGACUGGGCGAGCUCCUGUUGCUCGGUCCCUGCUCCUGUCCACCUAGCAGCUCGAAAGCACGUCAAAGUGGAAGUAGAUAAAUAGGUACCGUUACGGCGGGAAGGUAAACGGCAUUUCCAUGCGCUGCUCUGGUUCGCCAGAAGCGGCUUAGUCAUGCGGGCCACAUGACCCGGAAGCUGUACGCCAGCUCCCUCGGCCAAUAAAGCGAGAUGAGUGCCGCAACCCCAGAGUCGGCCACGACUGGACCUAAUGGUCAGGGGUCCCUUUACCUUUACCUUUUAACUGCUUUCACAAGACAGUCCUUCACAUUUUUAACAUUCACACUCAGUUUGUUCGUAUUCUUGAUCUUGAUUUGCGUUUCCGGAAAGGGCCUACUGUUCCGAAUUCAACUGGGAGCCUGUUGCCCCCCCCCCCCGGGUGCUUGGCAGAAGGUGUGAAUUUCUCUCCCCCACCUGCACAUUUCAGGUUAUGGCUGGGUUUUUUGGGGGGUGUUACCCCUCCAUUUAAGUGAAUGGAGAGCCUUGGCGCUUCUGACAGUGGCAGACUUGGGUACAGUCAUACCUCAUGUUACGCUUGCUUCAAGUUGCGCAUUUUCAGGUUGUGUCCCGUGGCGACCCAGAAGUACCGGAAAGGGUUACUUCCGGGUUUCACUGCUUGUGCAUGCGCAGAAUGACGUCACACGCAUGUGCAGAAGUGGCAAAUAGCAACCCGUGCGUGCGCAGACGCAGGUUGCAUUCUCUUCAGGUUGCGAACGGGCCUCCGGAAUGGAUCCCAUUUGCAACCAGAGGUACCACUGUACUGUGGCACUCGUGCAAGGCCAAAAAUUACCUCCCCCCCCCUGCCCCCGCUUCAGCUGCUAUCCCGAAGCUGCGUAAGUGAGGCGCUGGGUUUUGGAAAGGAGGCAUGAGUCUCUGACAGGGUCUAGAGCCCUCCCACCUUCACCCCAAAGCAGGGAAAGCUCUAACAUGGCUUUGGGGAGGAGGUGGGAGGACUCUAGGACCCUGCCAGAGCUGAAGCGGGAUGUGCCCUGAUUGGCUGUGUAGUUCUGAGAGAGUUUUUCCUCUGUACAUUUGGUUGAAUGCUUCCCUGUCAUGUAUGAGGCCUCAAGUAAGAAAGACGAGACUUCUAUUCCUUUCUCCUCAAACUAUGUGCCAUUUUUCAUCCACUUGAGCAUUGGAAAGUCAUAACAAGAUUUUGUCCUCUCUCUGGACCCUGCAUUAUUGAAAUAUAUCCAAGCCGAGAGUGGAUUUCAUGCUCUUUAUUCAGCUCAUAGUGGUGAGGAGGAAUGGAAUUUCCCCCAGAAUGACUGCUUUAUGUACAGUGGUACCUCGGGAUGUGAACAGGAUCCGUUCUGGACGUCAUUUUGAGCGUCUGUGCAUGUGCGAGCAGCGAAACCUGGAAGUAACGCACUCUGUUAUUUCUGGGUUGCCGCGGAGCGCAACUCGAACACGCUCAACCCGAAGCACAUUCAACCCGAGGUAUGACUGUACCUUAUUUACACAAUGGGCCCCACGUGAUUGGCUAAUUCCGGGAUUCUCCUGUAGGCCAAUCAGGUUGCGGAUUCACUUCCACCUGGAGCUGGAUUGGGUGGCUCCUGUGGACCAAUCAGACUGCUGCAUUCUGGAUCCUAUUGUUCUAGGACCAAUCAGACUGCUGUAUUCUGAAUCCUAUUGUUCUAGGACCAAUCAGACUGUUGCAUUUUGGAUCCUAUUCAACUCAGUACAUAACAAUUAUUUAAGUGGCUUCGCUAACAGGAUGCAAGCCAGCCUCUUCUUAAGGACCUUUGCAGCAAUGCUGUACUUUUUAGGGGUGUGUGUGUGAGAGGUGACUUCAUUUCCCCAUCCCCCAAUAUAGGGACCGCAGUCUGUCUCUCCCCACCCACCGUUCCAGCAAAAUAAUUCCCAGUGAGCAAGUACAAAAGAGAAAGCAGAACAAAGGCAUUACUUUGCAGUUAUUACUACAUUCAGGUUAAUUUUCGUUUCUAUUUAUUUGAUCCAAAUUUAAAUGGGAAUGGGCCUUUUUCAGGUUAAACCAGCACACAUUCAUAGCUAAUAGCUUGCUAAGUAUUUCUUCUGAACACUCCGUAUUGGGUUCUUUCUCUUGUUAAAAUGUCAAUGCAGGAGCUCAAGCAAGAUCUGGUGAAGCAAAGAACUCUCUGGCUUCAGAGACUUGAUCUCUUGGCAGCUCAGAAGGACUCAUUGGACAAGGAGCUGAUAAAGAUGGCGGGAAACCUGAGGAGGAUGAGAACUGAACAGCUGCACUUGAAGAAAGAGCUUUCAUCCAGGUUAUUUCCCCCCUCCCUUCUCCUUCUUUUAGGUUUUUUUUUUAAGUAUGUGCGUGUUGGGGAUGGGGCAGAAAUUUGAUUCAGAUUGCAACUUUCACUUCCUGAAGCAACAGGCAAACCGAAACACACAGACGUCCUUUGAGAUUUGCAAUGCAGUUCUUAAACCAAAAUAUAUGUACAUCAGGGGAAAGCCGUGUGUACUGGCAAAAAGAACAUAGAAAAGUGCAUUAUACUGGGGGAAAUGGUUUGCAAGAAGAGGUGUAUAUAAGGCAAAAUUGCAUAGGAAAGUGUGUGUGUUAGAAGAAACAGAAUGCUGAGAAACUUGCACAUGAGUGUUUCUGGUUUUUAAUUGCAAGCCUGCAAAAAUGUGGCAAACUAAACUUACUACUGGAAAAAUGAGAAAUUGAGAGAAAACAGAUUUGUUCACAGUAGUGUGUGUGUGUGUGUGUGUGUGUGUGUGUGUUUUGCUGUGAGUCCCGGGGGGGGGGGUUCAGUCUGAAUGAUACCCCUGGGUCCCUACCCAAGCAGUGAUCCUGUAUUUGUCAGGUUAGGAUCUGUAGGAGGAGGCUUGCUAAAUAGGUCAAGGUAAGGACCAUGGCAGAGACGCGGGUGGCACUGUGGUCUAAACCACAGAGCCUAGAAUUUGCUGAUUGGAAGGUCAGCAGUUCGAAUCCCCGCGACGGGGUGAGCUCCCGUUGUUCUGUCCUAGCUCCUGCCCACCUAGGAGUUCAAAAGCACGUCAAGUGCAAGUAGAUAAAUAGGUACCACUCUGGCGGGAAGGUAAAUGGCGUUUCUGUGUGCUGCUCUGGUUCACCAGAAGUGGCUUGGUCAUGCUGGCCACAUGAUCAGGAAGCUGUCUGCAGACAAACGCUGGCUCCCUCGGCCUAUAAAGCGAGAUGAGCGCGCAACCCCAGAGUCGUCCGCGACUGGACCUAAGAGUCAGGGGUAUCUUUACCUUUACCUAAUGACCAUGGCAGCUCAGUUAAGUAUCCAACACCUGCACCUUCAAGGCACCAGGUUGCCUCCAUGAUUGAAGUGGCCCAGUGCACGUUGCUCAUGUGUGUCAUCAUGCAUCACAUGUGUGUGCCAUCACAUCCUCUGGAGGAGGAUGAGUGCUCUGGCAGAGCUGGGAGCUAAAGCUGUGAUGCGCUGGGCCCCCUCAACAUGGAGGGAGCUGGGCUCCCUUCAAACAAACAUGGAGGGAGUCAAAGACAUCUCAGCCCCCUAGCUUGGUGCAUUUGGUUGCCACAAAGACAAUUUUUUCUCACUUCACCUGGCUGGAUGCCACAUCAUGGAGCAAUGGGUCAGCAUGUCUGGCUGUUAACCAGAAGGUUGGUGGUUGGAGCCCACCCAAGAAUGGCUGUAGGCAGGAUUCCUGCAUUGCUGGGGAUUGGAAUAGAUGACUCUCAGGGCCCCUUCCUACUCUAUGAUUUUAUUAUCCUAGAAAGGAGAACAAUAGGCCAAGCAGGGCUGGGUAUGUGAGAGUUGUGUGAGAGAGAAUUUCAGCUGAAGCUGGAGGAACAGAGACAUGUCUUGCGUUGUGCUAGAUUUAGGGCUCCCCGGAAACCUAAUGGAGAAGCAAGAUCUGUUGGGACGUUAAUGCUUGAUUUCCCCCCCCCCUUUGGAAAUUGCUUGAAUUCUGAAACUCUUUGCUAAUCUGGCGUUUGUGCCUAAGGGAUUCGACUCUGUUGAAUGGGACAAAUGAGUCCCUGUGUGUCAUGGGCCCAAUUACUUCUAAGUGGUGACAGAGAAAAGAUGCCUGGUAGGAGUAAGGGAGCUAGAAGAACGUGGACCUGCACAGGUGUAGGAGAUGGGCAGGUGUACCCAACAAUGCUUCUAGGUUUGGACUGGCCAUAUACCAUCAAGCAGAAUUUGAAGAGGAAGCAAUUACAUUUCUGAGCAGUGCUGCUCUAAAAUCCUCUGCGUGCCCUCAAGCUCUUCUUGCCUUAUAUCCCUUAGGCAGCAUGAACUGGAGCUGGCCAGACGGCUGAAAGAGGACACUGUGUCAGAAGGAGGCAUCUUGAGAUCAGCACUGCAAGAGCUAACCCAACAACUUGAGGAUGCCAGCAAGCGGGUAAGUGCAGCAUGUUGUGCUGCUCUUGCUUUUAAGACUUUGCAUACAGGAAGGUGGAAGAAGGACAACUUUGGAGGACAAGAGCAGGAUGUGGAAGGCAUUGUCUUGUUUGGAGCCUCAGAGAAGGAAGGCCUAAAACUAAGGCAGAGACAAAAGAGACCAAGCCUAUUACAGAGUAGCAAUUGGAUUUCCAUAUCCUACUUUGCAUGUGUGUGCAAUGAUUCAGCAUCCCCUGUUUUGAGGUACUUAUUGUGGUGUUGGUGGGACUAGAGCUACUUCCUCCUUCUCCUUUUUCUUUAAAGGCAGCUGACUCUAGUGCCCCCUGAGUGCCUCUGGGAGCAUAGGAAGCUGCCUUAUACAGAAUCAGGCCAAUGGUCUAUCUAGCUCACUAUUGUCUCCACUGUCUGGCAUGGUCUUAUGUGAGGUUCCAGGUAGGAGUCUUAUUUCCCGUCCCUACCAGGAUAGACCUGGGACCUUCUGCAUGCAAAGCAGGUGGUCUACAACUGAGCUAUGGCCCUAUUCUUAAAGGCAGCAGAAGCCAGAGUUCUGCUCCUUGUGCUGAGUUUAAACUUUAAAAGGUAAAAAGGUGAAGGUAAAGGAUUUCCGUACGCCCAUGUACAGCCCACGUCUUCAGCGCCUGCAUGGGCUGGGUGUCAGGAGCACCUUCUCUGACCUUCCGAUCACAGGAACGUGUGAACAGGCAAGGUGGUGUUUUCCUAUCACUGAACUACAAUCCUUCCAAUGAAUCUGAAUCCCAUUGAAGAUCGCCAACGUCUUGCCAAGUUUGGGCCCAGGGGUUAGGCGGGGGAGUUAAUAAUAAUAAUAAUAAUUUAUUUAUUUAUUAUUUAUACCCCGCCCAUCUGGCUGAGUUUCCCCAGCCACUCUGGGCGGCUCCCAAUCAAGCUUUAAAAACAAUACAGCAUUAAAUGUUAAAAACUUCCCCAAACAGGGCUGCCUUCAGAUGUCUUUUAAAAAUAGGAUAGCUGCUUAUUUCCUUGACAUCUGAUGGGAGGGCGUUCCACAGGGCAGGUGCCACUACCGAGAAGGCCCUCUGUCUGGUUCCCAGUAACCUCACUUCUCACAAUGAGGGAACCGCUAGAAGGUCCUCGGCGCUGGACCUCAGCGUCCGGGCUGAACGAUGGGGGUAGAGACGCUCCUUCAGGUAUACAGGACCGAGACCGUUUAGGGUUUUAAAGGUCAGCACCAUGCAUCGCACAUCACAACUUCAGUGCACAUACAUGUGAACUUGGAGAGCAUGGGUAGGACACAACCUGCUGUUCUUUUCCCUGCUUCACACAGAAUGCAGCUGCUGAGAUAGUUUUGAUCUGUUGAUAACGGUAACGCUUCAACAUGCAGUGUUGGGGAAGAGGUCUCUUGGUGAUGGAAUAAGAACAAGGGUUUUAUUUUCAUUUAUGAAGUGCUAGAGGGCCUGACCUUUGCGGUUGCUGACAAGGUAGCCCUUGUAGAGUGCAUCCUGUGUGUUUGGGGAAAAGCAGAACCUGUGCGUUCGCUGGAACUUGCAAAAUUCUGAAUGCAGAGGAAGUCUAAGCUGAGAGGAAGGGUUGGUGGCUUUUAAGCGCCUUACGCAGGAAAAAGCGACUUGACACAUACGUCUGCUCAGAGAAAACCAACAGAACCUGCGAGUGUUAAAACUAUAUAUAUAUGAAGCGGCAGAUCAGGAGUUCAUUGCUUCCGGGGAGAGCGAGCAAAGGCAUUUCGGCUUUUGUUUGUGUGAGGUCUGCUGAGCAGUCUAGAAGGGAGUCCCUCCAAACUUUGCUGACUUGCUGUUGCUCCCGCAGGCUAAGGAUCAGGAGAACGACCUUCACGCUGCCAGCCUGGAAGCAAGGUCUUUGCAAAGGGAGCUGGAAGAGAGCAUCGCUGAGCAAACAAACCUCCGGAGUGUAAAUAUAAACUUAACACGCACUUGCCAGGUGCUGGAACUGAAAGCUAAAGAGCAGAGCAGUAAGUAUCGCUUGAAGUUACUCUUUCCGUGACUUAAGGGCAGCUGGCAUGUGUUCUUUUGCCUGCAUGAAAAUGGGAGUGUUCGCUUCACUCUGGGUUUUCUCCUAAAAUAACCAAUCUUACCGUCAAAUUUUGGUGUUUUGUUUUUCAUUUUGAGCCGAGAACCAUAUUGCAAAAUUCGGAGCAGUACAAAAUCUCAGAGCAUCUACUUGUGCAAAGAGAUGUGCUUAUUAAUGGGUAGAAAUUAUCCAGUGUCCAUGCAUUGGGAGCGAUUUGAAGGAUCCAAUUGGAGCCCAAUGUAGUAACAAGGCCGAACAACCUGACACUCCUUACCCAGCUGUGACCUGGAACACAUCUGAGAAUUUGUGCCUCAAAUGCCGCUGCUUGGAGGAUGCAAUGUUUUUUUGAUCGAUCACUUUAGAUACUGUCCAAGUGUAUUUUUGUGCUUCAAACAACUUUUCCUCCUGCCUCCUAGGAGAACUUGGUGCAGAGUUCCUCUAUCAAUAAUGUUAAUAGAGGCAUAUCAUUGGUGUCUAUUCUGAAUCUCGCUCAGAAAUCAACAUUUGCCUGUCCUUAUGUUUUUACGUGAAAGUGGUCCCCAGGUCUGUUGUGGCUUUGCCACAGUUUCUUUAGGACUUGCAGUUAUUGUUGGUGCUAUAUAUGUAUAUGAAUUUCUGAAUACCAAGGUCCAACUUUGGGGCAAGUACUCUUUGAUGAGAGAAUCCCGACACAGAUUUAAAGUCACAAAAUAUGUAGCAAAGUAAAGUGUGGAAAUAUAGACUGUUAGACCUUUAAAAUAUGCCUCUCCAAGGGAGUUCCAAAAUUUCCCUCUCCGCACAACAUAGGAAAAGACUACAUGUUUGGUAAGUUAAAAAUUGGUUUACUUACAAACUCUUCAAAGGUCGGAUUCAUAUGCUUUUGCAUACAUCAGUCAGAUAAGUUGCACAGGCAGUAAAACAUAACUUACUUACAAAGUUCCUAGUUUAUUGGUAUAGGAAGUCAAGAUUGACUGGUGAGAGCUAAGCUGGAGCAACCAGCUCAGACCUCUUCACAUGCUGAGCUUCUAAGGUAGUCUGCACAGGGAACAAUAGGCUUGAUUACCUAUUUCAGGCAUCCCCAACCUUCAGCCCUCCAGAUGUUUUGGACUACAAUUCCCAUCAUCCCUGACCACUGGUCAUGUUUGCUAGGGAUCAUGGGAGUUGUAAGCCAAAAUAUCUGGAGGGCCGCAGGUUGGGGAUGCCUGACCUAUUUCCCCCCAAGGUAAGGGAAGUGACAUGACUAAGCCUGACAGCACAGCUUACUCUGUGGUAUUAACCCCUUCAUGCAUUAAUUAGACUUAAGAAUGUUGGUUAUAUGUGGCUGGUUAUCCCACCAUUUUUGUACACAUAUUGGUGGACUGCUUUUAUUUUGGCUAAAGAAGACAAACUCUUGUAUAAUUUGGAUAGCUUCUGAUCAAUCCUUACAACGUCUUGCUUCUUAGCUGCCCUUGACUCGCUCAGGCAGAAGCAUUUUGAAGGACUGUUGUGUGGAGUUCUUUGUCAGGUAUUAUUAUUAUUAUUAUUAUUAUUAUUAUUAUUAUUAUUGCAAAAUUAGUGAACCCAAGCAGAAUUGUGACAACAUCUGGGGUUUGCUGGCUACCUUAAAGGUAAAGAUAAAGGGACCCUUGACCAUUAGGUCCAGUCAUGGCCAACUCUGGGGUUGCACCGCUCAUCUCGCUUUAUUGGCUGAGGGAGCUGGCAUACAGCUUCCGGGUCAUGUGGCCAGCAUGACUAAGCCGCUUCUGGCGAACCAGAGCAGCACACGGAAAUGCCAUUUACCUUCCUGCUGGAGUGGUACCUAUUUAUCUACUUGCACUUUGAAGUGCUUUUGAACUCCUAGGUUGGCAGGAGCAGGGACCGAGGAAGGGGAGCUCACCCCGCCGUGGGGAUUAAAACCGCUGACCUUCUGAUCAGCAAGUCCUAGGCUCUGUGGUUUAACCCACAGCACCACCCGCAUCCCUCGCUGGCUAACUUACCCAUCCCAGUUUUACAGUGUUCUGCACUGCAAGCUUCCUUCCAAGACAUUCUGUUUGCUUGCUGUAGUGUAGGAAGUUGCCCUGCACUUAAUCGGAUGGUUUGUCCCUCUAGUCUUUCCCAGAAGUCUCCUCCAGCCUUACCUGGAGAUGCCAGGGUUUGAACCCAGGACCUUCUGCAUACAAAACAGAUUCUCUGCCAUUGAGCUAGGGCAGCUCCCCAGUAGGAUUUGGCAUUCCCCCUUCCUCUCUUGCUCCAAGCAUUGACGUGUCACCUCUAGUAGUGUAUUGUCGGAUAGAACAUAAGCCACACCUCCAAAAUGAUCUCGCGUGUGAUGUCAGGACCACCUGACCCAGGAUACUAACACCCAGCUGAAAAUUCUUUGAAUUAAAACAGAGCUGUGCUUGUGAUGAUGAGAGUCCUUCGUCCAGCCCAAAUGUAAACAAAGAGAUAAGAACAGGGCAGAAGGUAAGACCUGGCAGCUCCUGGCUCUUUAACGGAGAGCGUGCAUGGUGUACGAGAAGUGGAACAGGAAAAAGUAGCUUCCUCUUAUUUGAAGUGCAACUUUUCACCCUUAGAAAACCCCACAGCAGAGAUGAUGCAAUUCAUGAACGUUUAGGUACAUGAGCUGGGCGAUAUAUCAGUAUAGUGGUACCUCAGUUUUCGAGCAUCUCAGAAGCCAAACGUUUUGGAACCUGAACGGCAAAAACUCAAAAGUAAUUGCCUCCAUUUUUUAACACGCCUCGGAAGUCAAACGGCUUCCGCUGCCUGUUUUUCUUUCUUUUCCAUUGGCUUUCCCGACCGCCCUUUGCGCCUCGGUUGUUGAAUGUUUCGGAUGUCAAACGGUCUUCCGGAACAGAAGAAGAAGAAGAAGAAGAGUUUGGAUUUGAUAUCCCGCCUUUCACUCCCUUUAAGGAGUCUCAAAGCGGCUAACAUUCUCCUUUCCCUUCCUCCCCCACAACAAACACUCUGUGAGGUGAGUGGGGCUGAGAGGCUUCAGAGAAGUGUGACUAGCCCAAGGUCACCCAGCAGCUGCAUGUGGAGGAGCGGAGACGCGAACCCGGUUCCCCAGAUUAUGAGACUACCACUCUUAACCACUACACCACACAGAUUAUGUUCGACAACCGAGGUACCACUCUAUAUCGUCCAAAACCGGUUUCAAGUUCACAUUGUGAUAAUUGUUUCAUAAUAGUUGAGCUGGCAAUAUAUCGCGAAUCACAAUGUGUGUAAGGGCUAGGCGAUACCUGGUUUUCAACAUUGCAAUAACUCACCAGCUAAACAUCAUGAUAACUCACCAGAUAAGCAUCAGAAUAACUCACCAGCUAAACACUGAAAUGUGAUCAGCUGCUAAGCUUCACAAUAUCACCUGCUAAACAUUCACUAUUGGUGAAUCCAGGGCUAGUUCCACACUAGUGCCUUUUAGUGAGUUAUUUUUCCCACAAUUAGCUGAGAAGGAAUUUAGAAUAAAGUUCUAUGCAGCACUUAAUGUAGUGAUAUACCGUAUUUUUUGCUCUAUAAGACUCACUUUUUCCCUCCUAAAAAGUAAGGGGAAAUGUGUGUGCGUCUUAUGGAGCAAAUGCAGGCUACGCAGCUAUCCAAGAAGCCAGAACAGCAAGAGGCAUCGCUGCUUUCGCUGCGCAGCAAUUCCUCUUGUUGUUCUGGCUUCUGGGAUUCAGAAUAAUUUUUUUCUUGUUUUCCUCCUCCAAAAAUUAGGUGCGUCUUAUGGUCUGGUGCAUCUUAUAGAGCGAAAAAUACGGUACUCUGCAAAAUGCCUUCCCCCCCCAUUGAGAAGAUCCAAACUGGUGCUCUACUUUUAAACUGAGCUCUUAAAACAGAGAGUUUUGGCUGGCACCUUCAUUAUACGCCUUUCAGCACCAGGCGAAAACAUUCCUCUUCAACCAGGUCUUUGGCUAAUUGACAUCUGGUGCCUUUUGAAAUGUGUUGUGGGGUGUAUUGGUUUGUGUUUGUCCUAAUCCUUAUUAUGUAUUUUGUGUUUUUUAUGUUGUAUAUUUAUGUUAUGAACUGCCCUAAGAUCAACAGAUGAAGGGGUGGUAUAUCAAUUAUUAACAACAACAACAACAACAACAACAACAACAACAACAACAACAACAACUGAACCUAAACUAAGGACUCAUUUACACAUACCUUUCCCCACACACUUUCUGGGUCCACACUUUCCUGGUCUGUGUCUGAGUGGUGUUUCCCCCCCCCCCCCUUUUGCCUUAUCACUUUCACCAGGAAAACCAGCUCUUUCGUGCUAAUCAGAACAAAUGGAAAUUUGGGUUUUCUUGCAUUAGAGAGUGGGCUUUCAUGGGGGAAGCAGCAGGGCAAAAAAGCAAAUAAUAAUCAUAAUAAAUAAAUAAACCUGCUUGGCUACAGAUCGGAAAAACGUGAACCUGAGUCUAGAAAGAAUGAAGGAUAAUGAAUGUGGGUGAGCCAAAAAUCUUAGAACUCAAUGCUUCAAGAUUUCUAGGGCUUCCUUAACAAAACCAUCCCCAUUCCCGUGAAGGAAACGGCAAAGUUACCUUAUCCUCCUCUAACAAUGGGGAUGUCUUUGAGCUAAUGCUCUGUUUUUUAAAAGGUGGGUGGAGAUGACUACAAAAUUGUUCUUCUGACCCAUGUGCCAAGUGCUAGAUUGCUCUCUAUUGACAAAAGCUCCAUCAGCUAAUCGCAUGGCAAGUUCCGGGUUUUGGGGCGGGGCAGUGGGAGAAAGAAGGCUUAUGCCUUAACUUUUUCUUCUUCACUUAGAAAAACUGCUGCUACAAAGGAUUCGGGUACCAAGAGAAUCUGCUGUUUGACUUGUCCUGGUCACACGCUUCAAGGCGCCGGUGCUUGCAAUAUUCUUCACUACUAGGUAAGAUUGAAAAUAUCUCCCCUUUUUUCUUUGAAUGAUGCAGUUCAGGAGGGGAAAGUGCAGGCUUUUCAUACCAAACACAACCUAAAGCCCUUUAUUAGCCAUGAGUACCUAAAGUCCUUUCUUUUGAGAGCAUCCUUUCAGGUGACAAGGAAGACUGGAAACUGGUUGCACUGUGCUCAGCAGUGGAGGACUGAACUAAUUUUUGCAUGGCAAGUUCCCGCCUCCUCUCUCAGAAAUAAAGACACAAGACACAAGAAUUCGAGUUAAUGGGUCAAAUUAGGCCACAACUUUAUUGAUUACAGGAAUUGAGUGAUAUUGGCUUAGGCAUUGGUCCUAACAACUAACCGGCUUCAGCUCGCUUGCUUGAAGACUGGUAAGGGUUAACCACCAGUAGGGGGAGUCCUGCUGAGGCACGUCAACUAGGAGCUCCCCCCGAAGUUACCGCUUGGGGGCGUGCUGUGGGCCCACACCUCCAUAGGCUUAGGACAAGGCCACGCCCCCCGGAAUCGUUUACCGGACUACCCUUAUGAUUGGGGGAAGGUGAUGGCGCUUCCUCCCCCCCCCUUCUUCUGCAUAACAAUAAAACAAUACCCCUACCAAUGCCUAACCGCCAAUACCAAGGAGUUGUGACGGUUUGCUACGAGGUAGGCGAAAACCAAGUGGCUGGAGCCAAUCUGCCAAAUGGAAAAAUUCCUACCAGGCCCCUUGACGGCGACCAACCGAAGUCCAUAGCAAUGACAGAGAGCCUAACCUAACGGGUGGGAGGAAAGGGAAAAAACCUGGCUGGCUGCGGCAUGGGAAAGAGGGAGACCCUCGGCUGCGCCCGACCUAAAUGCAGCGAGGCCAUGCUCCCCGGCCCAGCUGAUUGGCUGGCCCGAGAAUGACGCGUCCGAGGAUUCCCUGGUAUCGCAGGGGCUGCAGCCAGCCCCCGCAAGCGUGGGGAGGGGCGUGAGCCCGCAAUCCCACCUCCUCCCUAGCUCGGAUGUGGCUUUAGGAUAAACAUGUCCCACUCCCCCUUCAAAACAAAAUGAAAAAAAAGCAUGCACCACCCAGACCUAUGUUGAUGAAAAUAGGGUACAUUUAGGGUACAUGUGUCUCCAGUCCAGACUGGGGGGCCCACACAGUUUUCUGGCUGAAAAUCCCCACCCACCCACACCACAAUAUGUAGUCUAGCCUUCAGUGAAAUUCUCAUGGCCAGCUAGCUAGUUCAGCCCCACAUGUUUUGAGAGGCCUCUGAAAAUUGCCAGUUAGUUAGCCUUGUUCUGUGGGAUUCUGGGAAAGCAAGGUUACGACUUGUGGCUCAACCCCAUACAUUUCAGGCACAAUUGACACCCAUGUUGACGCAUAUGGCCUCACCCAUGGAACCUUAGAAACUGUAGGUUGUUAAGGGUGCUAUGAUUCGUAGCUCUGUGGGGGGGGUACACUAUAGUUCCCAGGAUUCCUUUGCGGAAAGCCGUGUCCUUUAAAUCUACUCAGAAGGUGAUGACCUCUUCGUUGGUGGAGGUUGUUAAUCAGAGGCUGGGAUGGUCAUCUUGUUAGAGAAGCUGUUGCAAGUUUCCUGCACGAAGCAACAAGUUGGAUUAUACAACCUCGAAACCCUUUUAUGUUUCUAUGUAUGCUUUUGACAGAUGCGUUGGCCCUUGACCCUCUCCAGCUGAUCCAGAGGAGCUCUGUGUCCAGGGCCUUUGAAAAUACGAGAACCCUGUCUACUUCUGGACAGAAACAUCUGAGAAAUGGCUCCAUCUUCGAUGUGAAUCUGGAGGGGCACAAGUAAGACCAGUGGUCAAGUUUUAAAAAUAUAGGCUCCAUGGGCACUUCUUCUCUGAAUGAAGCUGCCAUCUUGGAUGGAAGUGCCUCCAAUGUCUCACUCUUGCCAUUGGCCAGGGAAUAACCAGGGCAAGGAUUGAAAAGCCCAAAGGUUCACCAAGUAUAAUGAGCAGAGCAGGCAUUGGGGGGGGGGGUCCAAAAACUUCAGUCUGCCAUCAGCCUAUCCCAACCUGCCCGCUUUUUGGGGGACCAGUCCAGGGGUUGGCAUGGCCUCUCAUCUUCCUCCUCCCUAAGUCUCAGUGUUGCAAUUGCAGAACUCAGCAAGAGGAGAAGGAUGGAGACAAACCUAGAUUUAGUUGACCCUACCUCUCAUUUAUGGGAUGCGGGUGGCGCUGUAGGUUAAACCACAGAGCCUAGGAUUUGCUGAUCAAAAGGUUGGCGGUUUGAAUCCCUUGAUGGCGUGAGCUCCUGUUGCUCGGUCCCAGCUCCUGCCCACCUAGCAGUUCGAAAGCACGUCAAAGUGCAAGUAGAUAAAUAGGUACCGCUCCGGCGGGAAGGUAAACGGCAUUUCCGUGAGCUGCUCUGGUUGGCCAGAAGCGGCUUAGUCAUGCUGGCCACAUGACCCGGAAGCUGUACGCCGGCUCCCUCGGCCAAUAAAGCGAGAUGAGAGCCGCAACCCCGGAGUCGGCCACGACUGGACCUAAUGGUCAGGGGUCCAUUUACAUUUACCUACCUCUCAUUUGCUCUGGAUCCAUCCAGUUGUUGUUCUCCCUGCCUCCCCCCCCCCAUCCCAAUGGGCACCAGCUACCCCUGAGAGUUGGCAUACCACAUUUGUAAGCUAGUGAAAUAAUAAUUCACAUUGCCAUAUAAAGAUGUGGGGGUGGGAGGCCCUUAAGGCCAUUAAAUCCAGAGUCUUAAAUUUCUGAGAGCUCAGUUGGUAGAGCAUUUGAUUCUUAAUCUCAGGGUUGUGGGUUCAAGCCCCACGUUGGGCAAAAGAUUCCUGCAUUGCAGGGGGUUGGACUAGAUCACCCUUGUGGUCCCUUCCAACUCUACAAUUCUGUUGAUUCUACCUGAAUUAUACCACUGACUAUGACACCCAGAACAAGUAGAUGUCUGCCUAAGUCUGGCUUGUUUUCCGCUCUGGCCUACAGCCACUUCCUCAACACUCUUUCUGCUUCACAGCCAGUGGGCCUGUUCACCUAUGUAAAUGCUGUAGAUAAAAAUAUCCCCUGUGCAGCUUGCUUGAGGGGUAACGAUGGUGAAGCGCAAUGCUUUGGCUGCCUCAUGCAAAUGAAGCUUUCUGCCAUCAGGUGCGAUGCCCAGUCUGCUGGUAACCAGACCGAUGCAGAGCUUGCCUUAGCCAGAAGGAUGGAUGCAGACUCUACCAAGGUUAGUCUUCCAUCAAGUUUUCCAUCAGUUUUGAUGACAGCACAGUUUCUCUGGGAGAAAACUGGAUAGUUUAAAUCCAGUGGGUGGGGGCUAUAGUUUGUCAUGUGGGAAGAGAGCUUAGAAUCAUAGAAGAGUUGGAAAAGACCACAAGGGCCAUCGAGUCCAACCCCCUGCCAAGCAGGAAACACCAUCAGAGCACUCCUGACAUAUGGUUGUCAAGCCUCUGCUUAAAGACCUCCAAAGAAGGAGACUCCACCACACUCCUUGGCAGCAAAUUCCACUGUCGAACAGCUCUUACUGUCAGGAAGUUCUUCCUAAUGUUUAGGGGGGGUGCUGUGGCAGAAUUUAGCUUGGGGGGGUGCUGUGGCAGAAUGGCUCCACAACAGGUUUAUUCCCCACCCCCCAUGGUGGAGAAGCUUUGUGGGUUCGUAUUAAACUCUCUGAAAUACCUGUAUCCUGGUUCUUCUGGGAACAGUUCUGCAAGACAAUGCACUGUUGAAAGAUGUGCUUAACUUUCAUUCAGGUCAUGAGCUAAGGAAAUACCAGAUCCACACGAAGUGUAAUGCGAUGGGCUUUUUUUCAAAGGGGUGAGGAUUAAAAAUCCUAACCCCUUUAAGGUUGUGUAUGCACAAUGCAUUUAAAGCGCAUCCACCCUCCAAAGAGUCCUGGGAACUGUAGUUUGGUCAGGGUACUAGGAAUCGUAGCUCCGCAGGGGUUAAACUUGCAAACUGGACCUGUGAUCCUCCGAUGAAGGGCUAUGAGCAACAUCUGAGCUAUGAGGAGCAGAAGUAAUUCGAUUAUAAUGUUGUGGUUAUGGUGUAAUAGAGAGAAGGUAAGGUGCGGCAGGAGAGGAGAAACAAUUGCAAUGAAAUGAUAAAAAUGAGAGAAAAGACGAAAUUGGGUUUUGAUUGCAUGUGUUAAAAAUGUUAAACAUAAUAAAACAUAAUGGGAAGAAACAGUGGAUUUUCCCGGGGAAAACAGUGGGCAAGCAGGAGUCUGGAUGAGCCCAAAGUUAUACAAACGCUAUCAAACUAAAUAAUAAGUUGCCUCUUGAAUUCUCUUCGAACCUCGUAUCAAUUUACGACUCAAUCUAGUUGGGGCCAGUGGGGGAACUGCCCCCUAUAGGGAAGGGGAGGAGCCCAUAAACACAUCCAAAAUAAAUAGUGAAGGUCUGGGAUUGGAUUUUUAAAAUGCCAAACACAACCCAUCAAGUUCAGAAGGGAAAAGCUGAGGGUCUUCAUGUUUGUUUGCCUUUAAUGGCUUUCCUGGGGCUCUCAUGGUUACUCGAGGUAACUGGAUGGUGAGCUGAAGAGGUCUGCGGUUUAUUUUUGUAGCCUUUUCUUGCAGCUGUAGGAAACAGCUGCUGCUACAAUGGCUGGGAACAAACCAGCAUGCUUUCCGCCAAAGCAAAGAGAAUGCAAAUCCAGAUUGUGUAAUAGCUAAAGAUUUGCAUGUCCAUACGCUUAUCCAGCUAGACAUCUCUCUCUAAUACUCAACCAGCCUGCCUUCUUGUUUGAAAUGCUUCUGGGAUUUGAUCCAGGCAGCAUGGUGUUAAUGGCUGGGGAGUGUCCUCUUCCUGCUUUGAGUAUACCGUAUUUUUCGCUCUAUAGGAUGCACCCGACCAUAGGACGCACCUUGUUUUAGAGGGGGAGAACAAGGGGGGGGAAUCUAUCCCUCUCUGCGCAGCGCCCCUUCAGCGAAGCGGCAGGAGAAAUGGAGCCCCUUCCAUUUCUCCUCCCAGUUCACUGAAGGGGCGCUGCGCAGAGAGGGAAAGCUGCGCUGCACCUCUCCAGUGAAGCAAAGCCAGGAGAGCAAGAGGGAUCGGUGUGCACCGAUCCCUCUUUCUCUCCUGGCUUCAGCGAAACCAGUGCGAACCCUCCAGAGCACAGAGGGAGUUCCCGCUGCACUCCAGAGGCUUCAGGCAGCUAUCCCUGAAGCCAGGAGAGUCUUGCUCUCCUGGCUUCAGCAAAAGGAAUCCGAAGCCUCCGGAACACAGCAGGCACUCCUGCUGCACUCCAGAGGCUUCAGGCUUCAGCAAAAGCAACGCGAAGCCUCCGGAGCGCGGCGGGAGUGCUCCCACUGUGCUUCAGAGGCUUCGCGAUGCUAUUGCUGAAGCCAUGGAGCCUGCAUUCGCUCCAUAAGACGCACACACAUUUCCCCUUAAUUUUUGAAGGGGGAAAAGUGCGUCUUAUAGAGCAAAAAAUACAGUAUAUGCUAAACAUAUAUGUUAGAAUUCCUGCUCCAUGAUUGCAGUCAUGGGAUUUUUGUCUAUCACAUGAUGGUAUAUGUUUUGACUCCACAGAGUGGGAAGUGACAGAGAUAGGAUGUUUGUGUUACUGUGUUCCGUGAAGUGGGACUAUUGUCCUUUGUUUUUUCUCUUUGCUGUCUAUGCUAGAGAGAAAGGGAGCCAUGUUGCAGUACUCCGUGUGUGUUUAUAUGUAAAUAAAAUAGAUUAGCCAAAAUGCUGAGUUGCUGAGGUCUGUUAUGCAAGCUGCGCAAACUCUGCAGAUCCCUAAGUGUGCCGAUGUCUGUUGGCGUCGGUCACUGUGAUGUUUGGGCUGAAGAAAGAUUUUGAAGCUCCUGAAUGAAAGACCAGGAGGGAGAGAACAUGUCAGUCGGGCAUGAGUCUCUGCCAGGGUCCUACUCGAGUGUAGGACGAGCUCCUAAUAGUUUUCAUCUCUUUAUCUCUCCCCACCCAUCCCAGGAGAGCGAUACUGGACCAUUGACAGAUGUCCCAUCUAGGUGAGAAUGUGUGCAUGCAUUUCAUAGUCCACUUCCAUUCUGAUGUUGAACCAUGCACUCAAAUUAGGCCCUUGUUCUUUUAGCAGCGAACAAAGUCCACUCCAGGCGAUUUCUUCCUCCACUUCAGAAUGCACUAAUGGAACACAUGGUAAGCAACAACCAGGAUCUUGCUAUUGCCAAAUGCAUGAAUUACUUUUGUGGGUGGUUGAGGUUUUCACAUCUGCCAGGAAGGAAAUACUAUGGAGGAGAUGAGGAACCUGUGGCCCACCCAAACAUUGCUGGGCUCCAAUGCCCAACAUCCCUGGCUAUGCUGACUGGAGCGGUGGGAGUCAGAAGUCCAACAACCUCUGAAUGACUGCAGGCUCCCUGUUCCUAUAGCUGUGGUCUAAACCACCGAGCCUCAUGGGCUUGCCGAUUGGAAGGUUGGCGGUUCGAAUCCCUGCAAAGGAGUGAGCUCCCAUUGCUCUGUCCCAGCUCCUGCCAAUCUACCAGUUCGAAAGCAUGCCAGUGCGAGUAGAUAAAUAGGUACCACUGUGGCGGGAAGGUAAACGGCGUUUCCUUGCGUUCUGGCUUCCAUAAUGGUGUUCCAUUGCACCAGUAGCAGUUUAGUUAUGCUGGCCACAUGACCAGGAAAGCUGCCUGUGGACAAACGCUGGCUCCCUCGGCCUGAAAGCAAAAUAAGCACCGCAACCCCAUAAUCGCCUUUGACUGGGCUUAACCAUCCAGGGGGUCCUUUGUAGCCUGGAGAGCUCAGUUGGCAGCCUCUCGAGCCUUCUAAUCUGUGGGCAAAUCCAGACAGCCUGUCUUAGUUGGAAAUCUUGUGCCCGACGGCACCACUGUUAGGAGGUCUGCUGUAACACAGCUUGGAAGCAAGGGCACAUGCCUUGCAUGCACAAAUUCCUGGGUGUGUUGAGUUUUUGUAAGGUCCUGGGUAGCAGGGGUGGAAAUGACCUUUGCCUGACAUCUUGGAGAACCACAUCCAGAUGCAGACUGGACACCAUAACUAGAAGGAAAUGAUUCUCCAGAAUUGCAUUCCCUUAACAGCAGGUUGCGUGGCAAGGCCCCCAGACCAGCCCCUUGUUAAAAUAAAUUCACACGGACACAGAAUAUUUAGUUUAAGGUUAUUGGCAAAAUUUUAGGCCACAACUUUAUUGAAUUACAGAAAUAUGAGUGGUAUUGGCUUAGGCAUUGGCAUAGACUAUACCGGACACCUGCCUGGUUUGCAGGAAGUCAAUAAGGGUAAACCAUCCCAAUAGGAAGCCACAUUGGGGGAACCCGCCUGUAGCUUUCCGCAGUGUUCCCAGAGGUCUGGCAUGGCCCUAGCCCCUCAAGUGGACUUCGGACAGGAACCAGGCCCUGGAUUCAUUUAACGGGAUACCUUUGGUCAAUGGAGGAGCAGGCGAUGGCUGACCUCCCCUCCCCCACGAUUCAAUGAGCCAAUGCCUAACCGCUAAACCUUACAAAGUUGUGACGAUUGCUAAGAGGUAGGCGAAAACCAAGUGGCCCAUGCCAAUUUGCCAAAUGGGAAAAUUCCUACCUGGCCCCUUUCCCAAGACAGGCAACCAACCAACAUCCAAAGCAAGGCCAGAGAACACAUAAAUUACAGAGCGGGUGGGCAGGUGUUCGGCAGCGCAAAGCAGGUGCAUAGCCACAUCGCGAUCAAAAAUGAUUGGCCAAUAGGUCUGGGGUGAUUGUGAUGCCACCCUGGCAUGAAAGUGUUACUCCGCCCAUGCCAGGGGGCAGGGAGGAACCGGGCUGCCCACAACCAGGACCAUUCUAAUGAUGAUCCCACUUGUGUUUUCCUCUGCUGUGAAACUGAUGCAGACCUUUAGAAUUCUGAGAGAUGUGAGAUAUUGGACAUUAUUGUUCGUUGCGCUUCUCCGUACCCAUUGCAGACUUGGACCCUACACUACUGCACGCCGUAGAGGAGACAGUCUGUGAAGUUACUUUGCUGCCAGGUGAAGAAACUGCUGCAAAGGAAGGAGCUAACGGGGAGACUUCCACCAAGAGCACUGGUAUGGUACCUUUGGAUUAUUGGACUCCAUCCCUUCUGCUCCAGCAAGUCCCUUGGUUUCUGUGGUAGGCAUAGAAGAUUGUCCGGACACUUCUCCACCAGCCUGCUCACUUGCCUGCACGACAUUCCACUUUUCCUGUGGCUACCAGGCCAGCACUUGAAUACAAGGCUGUCUUAAUCUUAAAAUGUUUUGUGUUUGUGACGCUAGUCAAAUUUGCAGAGUAAACUCAGCAUCUUAAAGAGCCUUUAAAUGCACCCGUUCACACCUGUACAUGCCUGCCUUUGCCUCAAAGCUUCCCUUUUUGCAGAAGUCAGUUGUGCAUAGACAAAGGAUUUGCUACAUUUCACACUUCAGGUAAAAUUUUGAUGAACUCAUCUUGACCCAUGCCAGUGCAAAGGUGGUAUCUACGCAGCACUGUUGUCCCACCCGAAAAAUAUACCAGUGGACCAAUAAACGCCCACUCCUGCUUUGAGCUUCCCAGUUGAAUGAGAUGAUUUGCUCUGAUUGCAUGUUUCAUUUUUGCUUUUAAUUAUUUUUUCUUCCAUCCACACAAUUCAGCAGGAGAUCCUUCUUCAUCUGAGGACGUGGCUAGUGUUGCUGUGUGUAAAACCAGGCAGAAUAACAAGUGAGUUUCAGGUCCUAUGGACGUCAUCCCACCCCUUUGGUCCCUACAUGGUCAUCUUCUCUCUCAAGCCUCCAUUUUGUCAGGAAUCUUAGCUGGCGAAGGGGAGUAAAGAAGCACAGGAGGCCUUUGCAGUUCCAGUCGACAAGCAUGUGCAGUUUUCCCAUCUGGUUGGCCACUGUGAGAACAGGAUGUUGGACUGAAUGGGCCAUGGGCCUGAUCCACCAGGCUCCCAUUAGAUGUCAAGGGGAAAAGCAACUAUUUGACUUUCAGAAGAUCUCUGAAGGCAACCCUGUAUAGGGAAGUUUUGUAAUGUUGGAUGUUUUGUUGUUUUAAAUAUUUUGUUGGGAGUUGCCCAGAGUGGCUGGGGCAAUGCAGUCAGGUGGGCAGAUUAUGAUUAUUAUUAGUAGUAGUAGUAGUAGUACUACUAUAGUAAAGGUAAAGGGACCCCUGACCAUUAGGUCCAGUCGCGAAUGACUCUGGGGCUGCGGCGCUCAUCUCGCUUUAUUGGCCAAGGGAGCCGGCAUACAGCUUUUGGGUCAUGUGGCCAGCAUGACUAAGCCGCUUCUGGCAAACCAGAGCAGCACACGGAAACGCCGUUUACCUUCCCGCCAGAGCGGUACCUAUUUAUCUACUUGCACUUUGAUGUGCUUUCAAACUGCUAGGUUGGCAGGAGCAGGGACUGAGCAACGGGAGCUAACCCCAUCGUGGGGAUUCAAACCGCCGACCUUCUGAUCGGCAAGCCCUAGGCUCUGUGGUUUAACCCACAGCGCCACCCACUCCCACUACUACUAUAUUUUAUUUUAAUGUUCUGAUGGUCUGUCCUAACCCCAUUUAGUGGUGGCAAAAUCAGUGGCAGCAAAACUGGCAUUUUUGGGGAGACUCUUCGGUUUCCUUGAAGCACUUCUUGUUUCUGGUGCCGAAGGCACCUUAUUAAGAGCUGGUUUCACCAUCUCUGAGGAGUUCGGGGAGGGCAGCACUGGACUGGAGGAGGAUUCCCCCUCCCCCCAUGAACAGAUCUGAGAAAAAAUAUUCAAAGUGCGCUCCUUCAAACCCCAUCACCUCUCCUAUAACCAGGGAACUUGCCAGAACUCAGCUCUGGCACCUAUAAGCUGGGCGCCAUUGCCAUUCUUAAGAGAACGAUGGAGGUGUUUGUGGUGAGUUCUGGCACCUUUUAUUCUAGAAAGAUAGCACUGCCUAUAACCACAUGGUCUGGUGGUGUAAUCAUUUGUCUCUUCUGGUUUCAGUGUGUCUCCCAGUGAGAAGGAAGUGGAGGUAAGCCUUUCAAAAUGUUUGCUGUUCUUCUGCCUUUUCUCCCAUGCCCAGAAUCAGCCUCCCCUAACCUGGUGCAUUCUAUGUAUUUUGGACUACAGUUCCCAUCAUCCUUAAUCAUUGCGCUUGCUGAUUGGUCCUGCUGGGAAUUGCAAUCCAACAUCAGGAGGGCCACCAGUUCUCUCCAUCCCUGGUUAAAAGCUGUUUGGAUAUCUGGCAUUUGUUGAGAAUUGCAAGUGAAUUGUUUUUGUCAUCCUGCUAUGUUGUGUCCAUUGGAUCUUUUUGUUGCUGGUUUAUUAUAUUAUCUCAAUGUCAGCAUAAAAUGUGUGUCCACUGCAUAGGCUCUUCCAAUUCCACACAGUUGUUUCUGACCUUGUGAAUAGCACGCCUCUACUUUUAGGUUUAUCCUUCAUUACUGGUCAGUUUCACCUCUUUUUAAAGAGAAGCUGUUAUCUGCUUGCUUUCCAUCUGCAAGGACUGGUACUCAUCUUCUUCUCUGGCGAUCACUUGUAGCCAAGUAAGAUUGUCUUCCAUAAACAUGGUUUUAAAAGUGAGUCUGUAAGUGACUGUGGAGGCCAGUUCUGGAUCCACACAUCCUUCCACAGUGGGGACAGUGGUUUCCGGGCAGGAGUUGAUCACAGUGUGGAUUUGCCAAGCGUGCCUUCCUCUUAGCGCGUUUCUCCAUUUUGCCCUGUGUUGGAGCGUCUUCAAAAGCCAUGACAACUUUGGUAAAGGCUGUUCUCCAACUGGAGCACUCGCAGGCCAGUGUUUCCCAGUUGUCAGUGUUUAUACUACAUUUUUUUAGAUUUGCCUUGAGAGAGUCUUUGAAUCUCUUUUGUUGACCACCAGCAUGACGCUUUCCAUUUCCCCUUGCUGGUGGCUAUUAAUGGGCAAUCCCUUCUGAUCAGGAAACUUGAUUUAUGUCAUUGCCUGCAUUGGGGUUGCGUGUAUCUUUUUUCGCUUCGCCAGGGAGAAUUUCUUCGACUGUCUCUGGGAUUCAAAUGUGACCUCUUCACUUUGGAGAAGAGAGUCAGGCUGGAAGAAAGGUCCCGGGAUUUAGCAGAGGGAAACCUGAGGAAGGAGAUUGCCAGCGCCUUGAAACUACUUGAUGUAAGGAUGAGCUAUGUGCAUCUGUUGCUCAUUGUUUCCCUUGGCUUUGCUUUAAAAGGGCGAGGAUGGACAUAACAUCUUUAGAGUGGGGUGGGUAAAUUGAGAGUGUCCACAUUGCAGCUUUAUCACCUCCUAGAGCAAGCUUUAAACACCAGUGAAAGGUACUGAUUGGCUAGUACCUACGAAGUCACCAACACACUUCCCUCCAUUGUUUCUCUGCUCCAAGGCCAUUUGCAAAAGUGUGUGAGGAGCCUGCCUGAAUCGGGGACCUUCUGCAUGCCCUGAGCUAUGACCAUUCUACCCUGCUGCUUAAUCUUCAUUUAUACAAUGGCUGCAAUUUUUACAUGCCCUCUUUUUCCUUUUGAACACUGUUCCUGUUCAGUCUCUGUCCUCUCUAAGUGAAGAUAACCAGGCACAGGAGAUCGUCAAAAAGCUUCAGAAGAGCUUGGAGCUGCUGAACCAGUACGCCACCAGGCUUGCCAGCAAGGCAGAAAUGCUGGGGGCCAUUCAUCAAGUAAGUGGUCCAUUCCAGAAAAUGUAAACGUUGCCUCUUUCUUUUAAAAGCUAGGUUGGGGAACUUGGGUCCCUCCGGAAAUUGCUGGACUCCCACUCCUGUCAUCCCUCUCCAUUGGCCAAGCUAGCUGAGGCUGAUGGGAUCUGGAGUCCAGCAAUGUCUGGGGAGGGGCACAGGUCCCUCAGCCCUGUUGUUAGAAGGCGCAAGCUUAAAAUUGGGCCAUUCCUUUAUUGGGUAGAUGGUGUGAUCUUGCUAUAUCUGCAGACGUUUGAAGACCUGAGGAGGAACGGUUAGACAGGGCAGGGCAGUUGUUACAGAAGAAGUGGAAGGUCCAUUUGGGAGAUCAGUUUUGGAGUUGCAGCGUUUGGGGCAAGGAAGCAGGAGAGAAACUUGAGGGGCACCGCAGCAGAGGCUCUCGUGCCAGGAAGACUGCUGUGGUUCUCAUGAGAAGGAAAAGCUACGCAUUGAUCCUGAACAGCUUUGUUGAAUGCCUGAUUUCUAAGUAAAAUCCACAAACGGAUUUGAAGUAGAACCUCGACUUGGCUGAAACUUACCCUGGAGAUUUAUUUUGCAUUGUGCUAUUUCAUACAACUUGUGUGGACUUGAGCAGAGAGCAAAGGUCCCAUCCUCUGUCGGUUUACUCAUUUGCUGUCGCCAGUGCUUUUUUCCCCAAGAAAAAUAGGUUCUGGAAUGUUCUAAGGAAAAGCGGGACAUUCUGGAAUCAAAUCAGAAGCUGGGACAGCUUCAGUAAAUCCAGGGCUGUCCCUAAAAAAUAGGGACACUUGCAGGGUCUGGUCUCUGAUAAUGAUUAAAGGCACUAAGGGCCAGAUUAAACUAACCUGAAGCUAGCAUAAGGACUCCUGUUUGUGCAAGGGGGUUCUCCUUAACCCCUCACCCACCCAUCCACUCUGGCCCAGUGAGGCUUCAGUCCCAUCCCGUGGGCAAGACCAAUAUUGCUCAGGAAUUGUCCCAUCUGAUCAUGUUUACUAUAUGGUUAUGUUUACAUUACUGCAUGCUCCGCGGGCAGCGAGCUCCCACUGCUAAUUUUUGAAGCAGCAUUCACAUAUUAGCCACAAUCCAUACCAACCCUGUGGUUUCUUGACAAAUACUGCUGCUUGGAUGCAUUUAUUUUUUCUCAAACCAGCUUCAAUCUGACGAGGAAAGUUAAGCUGCAUUCGCUUUGCACUUCAGAAGAAAGUCUGCUUUAGAGACAGGUGUCACGCCUGUGCAGAUGACAACUUCACGAAGAGGAGUUCUUGGUGUGGGUAGGGGAAAGUAAAAAAGAUUGUGUGCUUCGUUCGGGUGUAGACAUCCUCUGAUGUGAAAAACACCAUGCAUAUGCAGCUUGGAAUAAUUGGAGAGAAUAAUUGGGUGCAUGCUUCCCACCUCGGAACAAAUCUAUGCUUCCAGGUGCCAUAAGAAAGCUGCAGAGAUAGCGCAGGAUAGUGCGCACCCCGGAAAUGAUCUCUUUCAGCUUCUGCCUUCUGGAAGAAGUUACAGGGUUAUAAAGACUAGGACUAGCCACCUGAGAAAGAGUUUCUACCCAAAUGCAAUUUUGGUUUUAAACGCAGUGUACGGAGUAUAUUGUAUUUAAAAAUGGGGUAUCAGAGUUUUUAGGGCGCUAACCAGGUUGGGAUAGCUGGGAUAGCAGGCUUGUUGGGUUUUGAAUGUUUUAUGUAGAUUUUUCAAUUUUGUUGUUCUGUAUGGGACAAUGACAAUAAAGAUUAUCGUAAUUGUAAUUAAUCGUAAUUAAUCGUAAUUGGAACAGAGCUGUUUGAGCCUAGUCGACAGUUGCAGCAGGAUCAAGUAAGAGAAUGGACUGAACCUCUGUAGACUGCAGUUGGAAGGGGGAAUUGCAUUUUUAAUACUCUCCUAUGUAAAGCACACCCACCUGCUCAAGUAGAAAGCUAGCACAGCAGAAAGCAGGCUGAACUAGAAGCUCUAAUCUGCAAGUAUAUUCUUUUUAGGAAAUCUUCGCUACAGACAGAGGAUACUAGUUUUGACUCCCCCCAUGGCAUCUUAGACUGAAGAAUGAACUCUCUAUCUUAAUAGAAGCUGGGGGUGCUUGGGGGGGCGAGAAUUCUCGCUCUGCUGGAACUCUUGGGUUCCCACACUCCUGUGGGGGGCGGGUUUGGGGGUGCGCUGAGCUCUAGCGCUGCCCUCCAAGCCUCUCUGCCGGCUCCGUGUCACAGACGACACUCAGCACACCGCCAUUAUCCUCUGCAGCAGCCGGAAGUCCUCAACUCCCUAUCUUAAUAGAAGCAAAUCACUGCCUUCCACUGUGUGUGCAGAUCAGAUUGUACAGUCCAGUGUUUACUGGAGCCAUUCUGUGGCUCGCCAGGUUGUCCUCUUCCUUUUCCCCUCAACGCUUUAGGCAAGCUCAGCUCUGGAACAAAUUAGCCCGGCGUCCUUCCAGAUGUGUUUUUGGGGCUACACUUCCCAUCAGCCUCAGUGGCUCGUUCUGCGUUUGCGCGCAAGGACCGCUCUGGAAAUUCUCCGGCUGGUCUCCGCGUGCCCGCCUAACUUUCUGUUUCUCAGGAGAGCCGGGCCAGUAAAGCUGUAGAAGUGAUGAUUCAACACGUGGAGAACUUGAAGCGUACGUACGCCAGGGAGCACGUGGAGCUGGAGGAGCUGAAGCAGGUGCUGCUCCAGAAUGAAAAGUCCUUCGGCUCUCUUGGGGACCGAGGUAACAGUGAGCGAAGUGCUGACUUGGCCUUGCAUUAGCUGCCACCAUUUGCUCCCUUGCUUCCCCGCAACAUGCAGGUGACUGCUGAGCAUCUGAUGCACGCUGAGCGUCUUGGGCUCUCUUACUGGGGAGGCUAGUGGAGCUAGUGGAGGCUGGCCCAUUAGGAUGAAUGGACCUUCAAUCUGCCUGCCUGUCUCCUUACUGACAAGCAGUCCACUGCCUUUCACCUCCCUCCUCAUCUGUCUCAGUGUUGUCCCUUAUAGGACUCAGCAGGGAGGAAGACAGAGACACAAUUGCCAUGUCUGGCAUUUGCUCUGGCACCACCUGCCCAGCCUUCUGGCCUACUGGUUGCAGCGGCCUGUAUGGUGUAGUGGUUAAGAGCGGUGGACUCGUAAUCUGGUGAACCGGGUUCGCUUCCCUGCUCCUCCACAUGCAGCUGCUGGGUGACCUUGGCCCAGUCACACUUCUCUGAAGUCUCUCAGCCUCACUCACCUCACAGAGUGGGGGAGGAAGGGAAAGGAGAUUGUUAGCCGCUUUGAGACUCCGUCAGGUAGUGAUAAAGCGGGAUAUCAAAUCCAAACUCCUCUUCUUCCCCGCGCUGUGUGGGUUUAAAAAGACCAUAAGAGCUUGCCAGGUCAGGUCAAUGGCCCAUCUAGUCCAGCAUCCUGUUCUCUCAGAGGCCAACAAAAUGUGAGCAGAGCAUAGUUAUUAUGGCUAGUAGCCCUUGAUAGCCCUACAGACCUUUAGCUGUGCUAUAGAUUCAUUUUCUCCCCCUACUCUUAUUGCUGUUGCAGAUGAAUCUUCGAUUAAAAAGCUCUCUGGUUCCUUAAAGGUACAAAUGUUGCUGCAGUUCUAAGCUUCUAGUUCUCUGCACACUUUGCCCCUGAUACAGUGGUACCUCGGGUUACAUACGCUUCAGGUUACAUACGCUUCAGGUUACAGACUCCGCUAACCCAGAAAUAGUGCUUCAGGUUAAGAACUUUGCUUCAGGAUGAGAACAGAAAUCGGGCUCUGGCGGCGCAGCGGCAGCAGGAGGCUCCAUUAGCUAAAGUGGUCUUCAGGUUAAGAACAGUUUCAGGUUAAGAACGGACCUCCAGAACGAAUUAAGUACUUAACUCGAGGUACCACUGUAACCUGCUCUUUCCUGUGCUGUGCCCUGCUGCAAUCUUGGACUCUAUUGAUCUCCACUCCAAUGAUGUGAUUUUUUAAAAAACAAACCCUGACAUGUUUUCCUUAAAGAAGGCUCUGAAGUCAAAUUUGGGUGUGUGACGUCUCUUGAACUAGGUUUCAUUUUUUAAUUAUUCUACGCAAACAACCAAAUUGCCAUCCUUUGCAGAAUUUGGCAUUUUGACAAUCUGCUUGCUUUUUAUAAAGAAAAUUUGAAGUUCUAGCUCAUAGGGCUGUGAUAUUUUGAAAGUGUGAGCAAUGUCUGGUUAAGCCUCAAGCGGGAGGGAGAAUCAAUACUCUGCAUGGUAUCUUUGCUCCAUUACCACCACUGGCCGAAGCAAAAUAAUUGGAGUUGGUUUGUAUGUGAAGCUGAUGCAGGUGAUAUAUACAGAGUAGAAUGUGUUCAGCAUCAGUCGUUGAAGAAACAAACUGUAGGCUAUACGUUCUGAUGAGAUUAGCUUCUGUAGAAUAAUACAACAUGCUGGUCUGGAGCAAAAUGCAAGUUACUGAUAGGAGUUUGUUUUUCUGGUGCUAAUGGUUCAAGUGGAACUCAAGAGUUGUGCAAACAGUGGCCGCAACCCUGAAAAUACAGUUUUUCAAGUUUAUUGGCGGUGCAUCCUGUGUUGAAAGUUUAAUGAGUACCUUUAAGCACUUUCAAGGGGGGAUGAGGGAGAAAUUCGUCUAGCUCACAUUUUGAUGCGGACUCGCCAAAUUUGCACUUCCUCCUUCGAAAAGCACUUCCUCCUUUAAAAUUUUGUGUCGUUCUCCAACCAAAGAGUGCAGAUAGCAGAAUAUGUAAUGUUAGUGAAAACUGCACAAAGAAAGCCUUCUGUUAAGGGAAAACUGCUUGCAAAAAUGCAUGUGUUAAACAAAGUUGGAUACAAAAAGAGGUGUGUCAGAGACAGGCAUGAAAAUGCACAUGGAUAUUCACAUGAUUUUUUAAAAAUUUAUUUACUCCACAAAUGUAUGCAAAAACAGUGUGAACUGAACUUAGCCUGGGAAAAUAAGAAACCAACAUUAACACUUUCAAGUAAACCUAGCAGGGACGUUAGACAUAAAUGCUCAAAUUGGAGCUGAUUCUGAGCAUGACCUGCUGCUGCGCUUUGCUCGCUCGUUGCCUUUCCCUCUGUUCUGCUUCUCCAUAUUCUGCCACCCAAUUCCCUAGUUGAAGUAACUCACAAGGAGGAAGAUGCCCUUAAAUAAAUAAAAAAACUCUGAAUGAAAUUUUGGGAACUUGGAAAAUCCCUGCGAGUAAAAAUCUCAAAAAAACAGUUGGCUGCCUGAACUGCAGAAUUUCAGGCUUGGUUUUUCUCAUGGUAUGCUUAUGCCUCUAAAUGACCUGAAAUGUAAUACAGCAAAGAAUCUUGAAAAGAUUCAGAAAGACAAUUGAAGUGGAAUUUACAAUCGGGCAACAUUUUUGAGUAGCCUUUUUAAGGAAUUGGAUGGAGGAGAUGCUUCUUCAACUGGCAAUAGUUUGCAAAGCCUUGCUCUUCCUUUUGAAGUUUUGUUGACAUGACCUGUUACUCCUUGCCACUUGGUUUUUAUUCUUCUUGCACUCUCAAAGGUAAGCCCCAAGUAGCAGCACAUCUGGUGUUGCUGCAAAACGCAACCUAGUGUAAUAUUUUAUCUGUGUCAUAACACCAUGGCACUCUGCAUGUCCCUAUCUCCAACCCACAUCAAUGGCUUCUAUCGGGGAGAGGCAGGGAACGUGAAAUUAUGUGUCUGUGCUCAAGCGCUACUCAUUUCAGAAAAGGGAGCUGACAUGCGAUUAACAUCUAGGGACACGGAAGAAAUUUGGUUUGGUUUGCAUCUACAGAUGCAGCUGGCGCUCGGUUUGGUUUGCAUGAAAAUGCCCGAUUUGCAUUUUUCUGAAAAAAUAUGAGAACUGAAACGCAGCAGUGCUUUGACACGCUCACACCUCCAAAUUUCGCAAUGCCGUUCUCCAACCACACGCGUACAAAAAAUGUGUUUUGUUAGGGGCGCUUGCUCUCAAAAAUGUGUAUGUUUAGGAGAAAAAUCUAUGAGGAGGGCGGAUUGUGCACUGAAAGGUUGGUGGGUUUUUGCAAAGGCUGUAAAACAAAAUUGCAAGCUGACAUGGAAAAUGUGAAGAGAACUGAAGAUUUGAAAAAAUAAAUGAGAACUAACAUCAGUGGAAUCAUCCAUUCCUUGUAGCACCAUAUCGGCUUGGGGCCCAAGUGGACUUCCACAGAGAGAUAUUUGCUCAAUGAAAAGUAAUAAUAAUAAUUUAUUAUUUAUACCCCGCCCAUCUGGCUGGGCCUCCCCAGCCACUCUGGGCGGCUUCCAACAAAAGAUUAAAAGCAUCUACUAACUUAGGGCGCCCCAAUUUUUCAUAGCAAGUGGGCUGCAAUAAUGUUUCAGUAUGGAAGCUGUGGGCCGCACACUGCCAUGUUGCGGGGGGAAGGGGGAGCAGGGCCAAAAUUGGACACACACACAUACCCUGCAACUCUUGCACUACCUUCCCAAAGCCAACUAACUGAGGUGCUGGGCUUUGAGAAGGAAGCUUGGAAAGCAUUAACUAGGUUUGGGGAAGAAGGUGGGAUUACUCUAGGACAGGCAUAGACAAAUUCGGCCCUCCAGAUGUUUUGGGACUACAAUUCCCACCAUCCCUGACCACUGGUCCUGUUAGCUAGGGAUCAUGGGAGUUGUAGUCCCAAAACAUCUGGAGGGCCAACUUUGCCUAUGCCUGAAAUUCAAAGACUAUUUACAGAAAUAUUGCAAAAUUAAUGAAUGUUAGAAUGAUGUUGGAUUGAAGUUAAGGGGUUUCUAGCUGUACAGGCUAAAAGAAUAUGGAAAAAUUGGUUUUUAUAUGUAAAAUCUAAAAUUUAAAGUUAUAUUAUAUCAAGAUUAAAGAUUAGGAUUAAAAAGGAGGGAAAGGAAUUGUUGGAUUAACAUAUUUAAUUAGAAUACAAAAGAGGGGGGUAAGAGGAGGUCCGAGAAACAAGUAAAUGUAAAAGAAGUGAGGAAAAGAUGAAAUUGUUUUUAAUUGUUUUUUCCUUUUUUCCUUUGUAUUUUUUCUUUUUAUUGUUAUUUUUUUUUUCAUUAAUGUGGUCUUUUUUUCUUGUGAAAUUUUAAUAAAUAUUAUUUAAAAAAAAAAAGAGAGAGUUUGCCUAUGCCUGCUCUAGGACCCUGUCAAGAUACCUCCUUUCCAAAGCCCAGCACCUUGCUUAACCAGCUUUGGGAAGCCAGUGGGAGGGCGAGGCGAGGGGCUGUCAAAUGUUGCCGAGGGCCGCACAAAAAGGACUCGGGGGUCCGUGCAUUGGACCAGCCUGUACUAACUUGUACACAUUUGUGAGACCAGGUACUCUUACACCGCUGAAGAAUUGCAGAAGGACAUCUUGAAAUAAGAAUAACAACAACGGCGUCUAUUCUUAUAUAUUGCUAAGUUGUACUUGGUUCAUGUGAGCGUUACUUUUGCAUAGAAAACCACAGGGCUUGUAAGCUCUCGAAGGCAUAACCCAACAAGCAGUGUCUCUUAUUUUAUGUAGCCUUCAUCCCUACGCCGAGUUAGCAUUGCAACCUUGCCUAGGAAUACUGGAAAUGCUGUUUUGCCGCUGGUAUGUAGGCAUUUUCCAGUACCGACAGUUUAUUACCAUUGAUGUAUCAGAUAAAUACAUGCUGAACUCUCUUCUCCUUUUUUCUCCAAAGGCCCAGUUAAAUGAAACAGAUGGAAGUGACAAAAGUGACAAAUUCAACAGGCGCCCUAGUUGGUAAGAAAGGAGUUUGUGUGGUUGAAAGAGAUGGAUAUGCACUGUGUGUGUUCACCUAUACCUUAAAAAUAUUUGGAAUUCAAGUACCGUAUUUUCCAGCGUAUAAGACGACUGGGUGUAUAAGACGACCCCCAACUUUUCCAGUUAAAAUAUAGAGUUUGGGAUAUACUCGCUGUAUAAGACUACCCCUCUUCCAACACACACCAAAUAAAAUUUUUAACAACCAGUCUCCAGUCCGGCUCGGAAAUCUGCUCCACUUCCCAGUGGCCCGGGAGGGGGGGCCUGGCCGGGUCCGUUUAAAUGGAGGAGCGAGCCAGAGGGCUUCCUCUUUGGCUGGCUUCCUCAAUCGCUAAGGACAUUGCUGAACUUCGCUCGGGUAUUGCUUUUGUCGGACCUGCUGAAGCAUUUUGGGGGGAUUUUUUACUGCUUUUGUUGAGCCGCUCUCGUGGAAUUUGCUAGUGGUCUACUACCGGGAACGGUUAGGGUUGUUCUGUUGCUGGUGAUUGGGGGGGCUUCUGGGGCCAAUUUUCAAGUGUAUUUCUGCUUCAUUUAGAGAGCUUGGUGUCCUCUGAUUUAAUUUGCUAUAGUUUUGUCCUUUGGUGGGAAGUUGCUGCAGGAGCUGCUGCUAUAGCCGGCGUAUAAGGUGACCCCUGACUUUUGAGAAGAUUUUCCUGGGUUAAAAAGUAGUCUUAUACGCCAGAAAAUACAGUAUUUCAGUUCCCAGUACAGGCAGGAGGUAUAUUGUGAAAUAUGCUUCUGGGACACUAGCCUAGUGAAUUGUAUCCGAACUUGGACACCACCUAUUGAGAUGUCUUCUUACUGACUUUUUGAGCAGGUUCGAAUACAAUGAUUUGGAACGUCAGGAAGAAGCACAAUUUGCUCCUCUCUCUUCUGUGCUAAGAAAACGAUUGUUAUUAUUUAGCAUUAUUUGUUCAAUAUACAUACCGCCCUUUAUCAAAAGAUCCCAGGGCAGUGUGCGGCAUUAAAAGCACAUUACGGAACACCAGUGAUAAAAGCAUAGUAAAAAGUAUACUGACAGAGUAUACUAAAAUAAUCAUAAUAGCUACAUUCUUGCAGGCCAUAGAUUAUUUAAUAGUCAUAGGCCUGGGUAAAAAGGGGCAUGUUUUUGCCUGGCAUCUAAAGAUAUAUAAUAACGGUGCCAGGCGAACUUCUUUGGAAGAACAGUUUGAGGGAAAUGUGCGUACAAACCCAUACAUUUGUAAAAAAAAAAACAUACCGAAAUGCAUUGUGCUGGGGGGAAAUGGCUGGUGCAUAUUAGUCAAACCCAGAUACAAAAUUGUAUGUUGUAGGAGAAAAUAAUGCUAAAAUGCUUGUGAAUUUUUGUCGAUUUUUUUAAAAUAAAAAAACACACAAAUUGUUGCAGAAAGAUGAGAGAAGAGAGAGAGAAGCUUGAUUGAUUUGUCCAACCUUACCUGUGACUAACUGCCCCACAACACGUAGUUUAGCUUUUGUGUGAUAAAUCCAUAAUGUUCUGCAUUGGGGAGGUGUCUGGACCUUCCUUUCUUACGCCGAAGGUAUUCUGCAUAUAUGGCAAUGAUCUGCUCCCAGGGCCGGAUUUAGGUUUGAUGAGGCCCUCAGCUACUGAAGGCAAUGGGGCCCUUUCUAUGUCCAGCUGUCCUUUGUCAGCAACAAAUUGCUCCUGUUUUUUGUGUUGAAUAUAUGCUAUAUGGUCAUUUAUGGACCUAGUAGGUAUCUAUUUGCACAUAACAAAAUAUGUAUUUUAUCAAAGUAAUUGUUUGAAAUACAGUUAAGAAAUAUAUUAAUAGUGAAAUACAGUAAAGAAGAGGUAUAGUAAUAGUGAAAUAAUUAUUAAGCUCUAACUUAAAAUGAUUUUUUUAUAUGAUGAUUGCUUUCAUUUUAUGGAUCAAUGUUCUUGUUAGAUAGUAAAAUUCAUGUUAAAUUGCUGUUUUAGGGGUUGUUUUUAAAAGUCUGGAACGGAUUAAUCCAUUUUGUAUUGCUUUCUAUGGGAAAGCCUGCCUUGGUUUUGGAACGGACUUCCGGAACGGAUUAAGUUUGAGAACUAAGGUACCACUGUAUAUAGAAAUGAGCAAACCAGUGAUAUUUUAGGGAGCAGGCUAGCAGGCGGGGCCCAUUACUUACAUCAUAGGAGCCUACCCAACACAAAACAAAACACUGUUGCUGUAUGUGGGUUUUAUCUUAUAUUUUUGAAAUGUACAACCAGGUUUGUUUUUCCUUUAAAUUUUUUGGGGGCCCCCAAGAGAGUGGGGCCCUAACCUAUAGCUUGUUUAGCUUAUGCGUAAAUCUGGCAGUGUCUGCUUUACAAGGGCAAAGCAAGCAGGUCCAAUCUCUUCUUCCAACAGGGGCUUAAUGGGAACAAAGCAAAGCGAGAAGCGUCCUUUGUUGCAGAGGUACGUAAGUUCGCCUUCCUGGGCUGAGUCGGAGGAAGAGCACAGUGAGCCCAAGUAAGUCUCUAUGCUUCUUGCACAUUGUCUGGCCCCAGAAGCCAAUGUCAAAGUUGCACCUUAUAUGUCCCGUCCCCCCUGCCAGGGUAUUGCUUUCUGAUGAAUGGUGGUAAAUUGUUUUCCUCCUAACUCCUACCUGGAAAGCACCUGUGAAUCUGGGAGUUGUAGUCCAGAACAUCUGGAAGUCACUGUUAGGUCUAGGGGAGGAGAAAUUUGAUUCAGUUCACAUUUAAAGGCAAACCUGCCUAAUUCGAAAUUUGCAUUUCUCCAAAUUGUGCAAUGCAGUUUCCCGGCCGUGUAAUGGGCGCGAAAAUCUAUAUGGGAAAAGCGUGCGUAGAAAUGCAUAUGUUAGUGAAGAUAACAUACAAAAUGCACUGCGUUAGGGGGGAAUUGGUUUGCAGCAUCUAAUAAGCGAAAUUAAAUGCAAAGUUGUGUCUAUUAGAAGAAAUUCACUGAUGAGUUUUCGUGAGGACUUUGAAAAAAAAUUGUUGCAAACUGAUGUGGAGUUCUGAAACUUAAAAAAGAGAAAUGAAAAUGGACAGAUUGGUCCAUUCAGAGUUGGAUAACCUUGGUUUAAGCUAUAGUUAUACAGCACAUUUGUGUGAGAGAGAUGAAAGUUUCUGUGAGUUCCUUAUAUCAAGAGAACAUCCAAUGGAAAUAUCUCCCCAUAAACCUCUUUCCAAAAGUUACACAUGUCCAGAGAAGGUGAUUGCAAGUACCUGAGAUCCAGGUCCCUCUCUAUAGUGGCCCCUUUUUUAUCUUGCUCCCUUCCAAGCCAGCAUAUUUUAGUCCAUUGCUUUAUAUUCACUUAAACAAAAAACAAGUUUUUAAUGUUUGACGUUUUAUUCUGUUUUUAGUCCUCUGUUGGGAGCCGCCCAGAGUGGCUGGGGAAACCCAGCCAGAUGGGCAGGGUAUAAAUAAUGAAAGUUAUUGUUUUUAUUAUUAUUCAAAGCUUUUGUGGUCUAGGAUACUGUCUAGACCAGGGGUAGCCAACAUAGUACUCUUUGGGCUCCAAUUCCGAAGUUGGAAAAUGCUGUUGGGCUUGAGUCUUGCUUACAGGCUUCCCAGAGGCCUCUGUGAGAACAGGAUGCGGCAAUUGACCCUAUUGAGUGGAGUGGUUCUUAACUCUUAAGUCAGUGGUCACAAACGGUGGGAACUCUAGUCCAACAGUAUUUGGUGGUCACCAAGGUGGCGACCCCUGAUCCGGACCAUGAUAUCAAAGCUGUAGGUUUUCUCUUGUUGGUAUUUGUAGUUGGCUGUACAAUUUCAAUUAAAGCUUAACUGAAUGUUGAACUGGGUUGUGUUUAAUAUCGUGAGCUGCCUUGGGGGCCAGUUUGGCUGGGGAGAUGGAUUAAAGCUGUAAGGAUGAUAAUAUUCUGGAGGAAAAGCAUUGGGAAGGAAAUGUUGCAGAGGUCUAGAAACUUUGCAUUUGGCAAAUCCCUCUUAUGCCCUCCGGGAGUCUUGUGUAGCAACCUGAAGCACAUAAGUUAGUUAAUAAUAAUAAUUAAAAAAAUAUUAUUUAUAUCCCGCCCUCCCCAGCCGAAGCCGGGCUCAGAGCGGCUAACUACAGUAAAAUAAUACAGCAUUCUAAAAUCAAUUCAUUAUAAAAUCAGUUCAAAUCAAAUUGAUGGCAACCAUUGGGCUAGAGUUCUGUGAAGAAUGACCAAAGACAGGGGUCAGGCUGCGCCCUGACCAAAGGCCUGGUGGAACAGCUCUGUCUUGCAGGCCCUACAGAAAGAUGUCAAGUCCCGCAGGGCCCUAGUCUCUUGUGACAGAGCGUUCCACCAGAUUGGAGCCACAGCCAAAAAAGCCCUUGCUCUGGUUGAGGCCAGCCUAAGCUCCCUGUGGCCCAGGACCUCCAAGGUGUUUUUGUUUGAGGACCGUAAGGUCCUCUGUGGGACAUACCAGGAGAGGCGGUCCCGUAGAUACGAGGGUCCUGGGCCGUAUAGUUCCCCCUCAUACGGUUGAAAUGAAAAGGGGAGGAGCAUUUGAGGGGCUAAUCCUUUUGUCAAAGCAGUGCAUAAGCUCGCCAGCCGACGGCACCCUUGCAUGAAAUUCUCCCUUACAGAAACACUCCCUUGGAACCGCUGGCUCCAGAGACGCGAGGAAGCAAAGCUUGGAAGCUGAGCGAAAAGGAAAGCAGCUCAUCGAAAUGGGGGCUGCACUCACUGUAAGUGGCAGAGGGAAAGGGCAUGCUUGGAAUUUGGGGGUUUUCAAGCGACUGAAUCGGAGUCGGUGGCAGCAAAUAAAGGCAGCUCCUGAACAGGGAGAGGGAGGAAUUCAGCUCACAUUGAAAGGUGAACAUACACAUGGUGUGGCCGGCGUUUGUUUCUGAUGUCCAUCGACAUGGAAGAGAUUUCCCAUUGCCCACACAGAUCCUUGGAGAGGUUAAUAAUGUUACGUUGUUAAAUUGUGGGGCUGUAAUGUUAAGAGACAGAUCCUGACACCCCCCCUUCUUUUUUCUCCUGCUCCUUGCCUACCUACCCAUUUUGGUCCUCCUUGUGGCCCAACCCAUUUCUGAUGGUGGCUCAACCGUCCUAAAACCAAAAUUCCAAAAAGGGAAAUUGGAGCACAUUUCAGCAGGUCCUCGCUCCAUGAAUCCAAUGAAGAUCUUCAGAUUUACUGUAGCACGUGCUGGAACACAACAAGUCUUGAUUGCCUACGCUGUUACCAAUUGAGUCCUAGCAUAAAGCACCAAAAGUCUCCUCCCCACAUGCUUUUGUUGAAUGGUCUCUUUAAAUCUGAAGGUUCAUUAUUGUUCCACAAGAUGUGUAUUUCUUUAAGGGCCAGAGCAAAUAACGUGACCCAGUUUUACAGCUGAGAAGCAGUAGAGCAGGUGCUGUUAAGUUAUGUUAAUUAAGCUGUUGGGUAUAGUAUAUAAAGAGCAGCACCUAGCUCUCUCUGUUCCCUGGUGGUUGGGUUGGUGGGUGGGUCAUGCUUAUUGAUAUAUUAUAACUAAUGUAAAUGGAGUUUUGGUUAUUAAAACCUAGCUACAGUUAUUUCAGAGACACGGGUGGCGCUGUGGGUUAAACCACAGAGCCUAGGACUUGCCGAUCAGAAGGUCGGUGGUUCGAAUCCCUGCGACAGGGUGAGCUCCCGUUGCUCGGUCCCUGCUCCUGCCCACCUAGCAGUUCGAAAGCACGUCAAAGUGCAAGUAGAUAAAUAGGUACCGCUCCAGCGGGAAGGUAAACGGCGUUUCCGUGUGCUGCUCUGGUUCGCCAGAAGCGGCUUAGUCAUGCUGGCCACAUGACCCGGAAGCUGUACGCCGGCUCCCUCGGCCAAUAAAGCGAGAUGAGCGCUGCAACCCCAGAGUCGGUCACGCCUGGACCUAAUGGUCAGGGGUCCCCUUUUACCUUACAGUUAUUUUGUGCUCCUUGUAAUGUGUGGUCUCCCCAGCACGCCUUCUGCAGUGCAACUAGUCUGCAAAUAGCCAACAUCUUUUUCUUCCCUACAGGUAUAGCAGGUUCUUCUCUUGGGCCUCCUCUCUCCAGACUGCCAUCUGCAGGACCAGCAAGACUCUCUUCGUCUCCAUCUUUGCGGUGGUGCUCCUUGCUGUUCUUUCCACCUUCCUCCUGGGCUUCUCCUUCCAGAGGCCGGCAGAAGGAGCCCCUGUCGGGACAGGAAAUGCUUGGACAUCCGUGCAGCAGCUGCUGUGGCCAUAUACCCGCCUCCAGCACCAAGCUCCACCUCCCGUAUAA